UGUGCUCCUUUCCAACUGACUGUUUUAGAGAGCUCAGAGGAAAGAUCUGUGGUUUUCUUGACUUGUUCAUGUUGCUUUUCUUGUUUGGUUCUUUUUAAAAAUAUUUAGAAUUCGAGUUAGCUAGCUAGCCAAUUCUGUUGUUUGUUGAGUUUUUCAUACACACACAUGCAGAUUUUGGGAUGGAUAAGGUUGAUAAGCAUAGGAUUAUUCAUUUACUAUGUCUGGGCAGAGCCCUUUUUGAAGUCAGAGACCAGGUGUAAUGAUAUUUGUAGUAUAUUUUCUCCAUACCAAUGGUAUGAAGAUGCUAGUUUGGGGGGGGGAUAGCACAAGAAAUGUUGGGGCCGCUUGUUAAGGGUGAGCCUGCUCCUUAAGAUCUUCAGGUCAGGAGAGGAUCUUCACCGGGACCAGCCCACCCAUGAGGCGGCCUGAAGCAACUGCCUCGGGCACAGAAGCCCAAGAAGCUGUCCCCGUGCAGGAACCCUGGCAAGAGUUUGCCGAAACCUCACAAGAGGUCACCAGAACCUGCCGUGGUCACGUAUGCUUUGCCGCCACACAGCCAGGUAAGAAGGGAUGCUUUGGCGGGAGUGGGGUGGCAUGGCAGCCGAGUGGGGUAGCACCUGAGGCAAAAUGGGAUGCCAUGUCCUUGCUCUUCACCGUGUUCCUGCGGUAGUGGAAAGCGCAGCUGCAGAGCCGUCCUUCCCAUAGGACUUAGUGGUGCGUUGCGCCAGGGCGUGGCCACUCAGGGGCGCCCCAGCAAGUGGGGGAGCUGCGCGGCUUUGCCAGCGGCCUCCCCUUUCCCUGCACACCCGCCAGCUGCGCCCCGCCAACCAUAAGGCUGGUGGGUGUGCAGCUUCCCUCCCAAGCCUCUACGAGGAUCGCUCUACUCCCGAGGAGGCUUGGGAGGGGUGCAACUUCACUCCCAAGCCUCUGUGGGGAUCGCACUCCCACAGCGGUAUGGGGGAGAGUUGCGCCUCCCCCCCGAUGGCUGGCAGUGUGCAGCUAUGGCCACCCCAACACUAUCUGUGGUAAUUUGGGGGCGCUGGGCGGAUAUUUGCACCCCGGCGCCGCAUCUGCUAAAGACGGCCCUGCACAGCUGGUUGGCUGAGCCUUUUCUAUGACCACCACACCCAAGACAGUGGAACUCCCUGCCUCAGGAGAGCCAUUCAGCUCCCUCUCUCUCUUGACCUUUCAUCAGGAUAUGGCUGCUGCUUUAUGAUUUCAUACCUUUUUUUGCUCGUCCUCUUGGUUAUUUUAUUAUUUUGUUGUUUGCUCUCUGUGAAAAAAGCAGGUGAACAAAGUAUUUAAAUAAAAUGAAUGUUACUUGCCCCUCAGGGCUUCAAGAUCCAGCCCGGUCUUCAGAAUUUGUAUUUUUUAAAACAAAUCUGUACGCUGCCCAGAGAGACAACCUGAAAUAUUUUGGUUCCUGGCUUUGUACCCCAAAAUUUGUCUACUAAGGCACACCACCUUAGCUGGGCCUUGUCAGAAAACAGCUCUCCCCAUGGCUGCUGCUAGAAAAGAGAGGCCUUUAUAGCACCCUGAACUCCUGGCAAAGAAUUGAGCAAAGUUGAGUGAAAGCUGGGCUUUUUUGCUUCUUCUUUGGCACCUCCUCCUCCGGGGUGGGGUGAGGAAGUUCCCCAGCCCCCACACCAGCCCUUUUUUCUCUCUUUGUGGUCUGAUGUCAGUUGCAAAAGAGGAAGCUGUCGCCUGUUGCAGUUUCGCAGCCGCCAGGAAGGGUGCUGCUGGUGGCUGUGGAAAGCAGCCCCGGCACAGCACCCAGAAGCAGCCCCUUGGGUGUUGGUGGUGGUGAGAAUGGAGCUGUGGAAGCAAUGCGCCCGCUGGCUUAUCCAGUGCCGGGUGCUGCCCCCCAACCACAGAGUGACCUGGGAGGGUGCCCAGGUCUGCGACUUGGCCCAAGCCUUGCGCGAUGGCGUCCUACUCUGCCAGCUCCUCAACAACCUCACGGCUCACGCUGUCAACUUGCGGGAGAUCAACCUGCGCCCCCAAAUGUCCCAGGUAAGCAAUGAGGCAAGGGAAAGAGGGUCGUGUCGCUUGAGCCAGCAAGGUCUCUGUGUCUGCGUUGCUCUGAAGAAAGAGCAGGGUGGAAGCACAGUCUCUCACAACCAGAAAUUCUUCAGUGGAGCUUGUGAAGCUAGCGCUGGUCGCUGAGGGCAUCUACAGCUUUUGGGCAUCCCCAUGGACAUUUGUGUGUCAGGAUUUAGGGUUUUAGCCUCUGAAUAAUUUGGGGUAGAGAGAGGCAGGUGUCAGAGGAUCUAGGCAGCAAGAACAAGAGUAAAGAGCAAGGGAAUCGAGUGUGGUAUUUAUGAUUUAUGCCACCAAUAUAUGUGAGCUGUGAUAGCAGGAAGGGAGAGCAUGUGAUGAUGCGCACCACCCAUAAGCAGGAGCAUGAAAUCCACCUCGUAUUUGUACGCUGAAUCUGGUGGGGAAAGGGUUAAGCUACCUCUGAGGAAGUAAUUGCUGUGUGAUCUUGCAUGUGUGGGUGGGGAAGUAUUGGUCUGCCUGUAGCUGCUGUGCAAAGCAAGGAUGGGGAGGGGUUUCAAGGUGCACAGUGGCGUGGGACAGAUGUGUAGAUUUCGCUUUGACUGUGAGACAGGAGGGCUGAUGCCUCUGCUGGUGUAUGUGCAUGCGUAGAGAUGAGGUGAAAUCGGCUGGUGAAAAUAAGGAGGAAGCACGGAAAGGGGUUAUGCAAGAGUGAUGUGGGACAUAUACAUAUGGAAAGGCACAGGCCUAACCUAAGGCGAGGUUGCAUGACCGGCAUGUGAACAGCCAUGGCUGCAGGCAGCUGAUAUGGUCCAAGAGAGGCUCUGUGGCCACUCAAGUCAAGAUGUAAGAAGGGAAUGUAUACAGACCUGUGUGUAGAUCGUAUACGAGACUAAAUUGAGCGUGGUUCCUUUGAAUGUUAGGCCCUUGCUGGUGAAUUUUUCAUCAUAAAAUGCAAACUCUGGAAUCAGAAACCUUGAUGAGAAUAAGGGGUGCUCAUUUUGACCAUGACAGUUAACUUCUUGUACAGUUAGGUGUUGUUGUUGUUUUUCAAAAAAAGAAAACUUCUGCAAUUGAUAAGUCAUACCAAAAUGACAGCAGGUGAUAUGUGGCAGGAUGGAAAUUGAGGGAGAAUCAUUUGUGGGCUUAGGUUUUCAAAGUAUGAGGUCUCACCUGUAGAAGCACCACCCAGACCUUAUUCGAUUUAGCAGAUGCUGCCUUCACCUUCUGAAGCGUUUCCCAAGCGCAACAGGUUGAAACUUGCUGUUUGUUUAGAAAUGAAGAGAGCUCAUAUUUCUGAGAACUCUGUAAACUUUGUGGGCAAGUGGCAAUUGUAGUGGGUGAGGCGGGGGAGACAUUUUGUGUCAAGGAAGAAAGCUUGGUUUUGCUUAGGCAAAUUUCUCUUUUGUGUAUAGGAGCACAGUCUCAUAUCUCACAUCACGGCAGUGUAGCCUACAGGGAAGAGAAUUUUCCUGCAGCCAUUUCCUCUUGGCUCUUAUUGUACAUGGCCUGACUUGCCUGGCGUUUAGCGAGUUGCAUUUGUUUCUCAAACUGUUUGAAUUCGAGCUGCACACCAUAUAUUUAAAGCACAUGACUUCCUGCAAAGAAUUGUGGGAACUGCAGUUUCCCUCUCACAGAGGUGCAAAUCCCAGCACCCCUCACAAUCAACAGUUCUCAGGAUUCUUUGGGGGGAGCCCAUGUACUUUAAAUGUGCAUUGGAUGAGUUUUAAAUGUACAUUGUGGAACUGCCCAUAUUUUGCUCUCUCCCCAACAAGUAUAUGAACCCGGCUGUUCAAUGAGAUCUGGCGAGUCGAGCGCGGCUACUUGCACAUUACACACACACACAAAAAACCCCAGAGGAAGAAGCACUGGUCAAAAAGAGGGCAGAAUUACAUAAUUAUUUGCAUAUGUUAACUUGCAUGUGCAUAGGCAGAAGUAGAACUAAUGACUGUAAAUUUAAAUACAAUGCAUCUAACUAAAGUAGAGAAGACUGUGACCAGGUAACCUGGUUAGCCCAGGUGCUAACAGCUGAUGGGCUAUUUCUCUUUUUUUCUUUUUUCUUUUCAAAUAAUCUUUAUUAGUUUUUCAAUUAGAUACUCCACAUACACAUAUUGUAUUACAUUUAUACUUGCUCUUCAGAGCUGACUUCCCUCCUUCCUUCUUCUGGUUUUUAUAUCACAUAUAAUUUUAUUCUUCCAUUUUAUAUAUUUUCAUUCAUUUUCCAUAUUUGUCCAUAGUGUAUCCAUAAACAAAUAAGUCCUCAUGUUUAUACAGUUAUUGUUGUCUGUCUGUAUUCAUUUACCACUACUGUUAGUUAUAUUAGUUUCCUUAUACAUUUUGCUGCUUAUUAUUUUCAUUAUCUAUCACUUUUCUUAAACUUUCCCGUUAAGAGGUUUGUUUCCAACUCUACUGGUUUUACCAUUUCAUCUUAUCUUUCCUACAUACAACAUAAAUUUUUGCUGAUGGGCUAUUUCAAGGCACCUGCUCUCCCUCCUUAUGUCCUCUGUGGAGUAAGGCAGAUGUCCACCCUAGGAAAGUCUAGCUUGUUGAUUAGGGCUGGGCUGGCCCUACCAUUAGCAGAGUGGGAAAGUAUACCCUGUGUGUGCCACAUGGCCUACCCUACACACCUUGAGCUACUCUGCCGUCCUCUGGAGUGGUGGACGCUAUUUCAUUGCCAGCAUGGAGAUAAUAUUCAGUUGCCAUCCCAGACAGCUUCUGUGCAAGGAGCGAGAAUGCCACCUUGUCCUUCUACAGGCAGCAAAAUGUCUUGGGCUGGCCUUGGGGAAAGGAAUAUUAGCAGUGCUAAUAUAUUUCUAGUAAAAGGGGUGCCAGAACUCAGCUGCCUUGUUCUCUUAUACAGUGGUACCUCAGAGGUUAAGUACUUAAUUUGUUCCAGAGGUCCAUUCUUAACCUGAAAAUGUUUUUAACUUGAAGCACCACUUUAGCUAAUGGGCCCUCCUGCAGCCACCGCGCCGCAGGAGCACGAUUUCUGUUCUCAUCCUGAAGCAAAGUUCUUAACCCGAGGUACUAUUUCUGGCUUAGCGGAGUCUGUAACCUGAAGCGUAUGUAACCUGAAGUGUAUGUAACCCGAGGUACCACUGUAAUGGCAAUGGCGCCCACCUGAGAGGUGCCGGAACUGAGUUCCUGUGAGUUCCAGCUGAAAAAAGCCCUGAAUGUUAAGGUUUUAUUAGGACACAUGUAGCUUCCCACUCUCUGGAUUGGCUCCAGUAUUAUUGACUCAAUCCAUCUUAGGAGGAAGCAAGGUGAUGAGCCUGGCAAUGAGACAACAUGGCAGAUUAGCGUUGCCCACGCAACUGAGGUGUUUGGCGGGAAGUCCUGGCUGUUUUGUUUGUUUGGUGUCUGAGCCAGCUGUAAUAUAUUUUUUGUGCUGGCACCAUCAUCAGCAUUGUUAUCGCUUGAUUUCUGUACAGUGGUACCUCAGGUUACAUAUGCUUCAGGUUACACACUCCGCUAACCCAGAAAUAGUGCUUCAGGUUAAGAACUUUGCUUCAGGAUAAGAACAGAAAUCAUUCUGUGGCAGCAGGAGGCCCCAUUAGCUAAAGUGGUGCUUCAGGUUAAGAACAGUUUCAGGUUAAGAACGGACCUCCGGAACGAAUUAAGUACUUAACCCGAGGUACCACUGUAAAGCACAGCCAAGGUACAGUGGUACCUCGGGUUACAUACGUUUCAGGUUACAUACGCUUCAGGUUACAGACUCCUCUAACCCAGAAAUAGUACCUUGGGUUAAGAACUUUGCUUCAGGAUGAGAACAGAAAUUGUGCUCUGGCGGCGCGGCAGCAGCGGGAGGCCCCAUUAGCUAAAAUGGUGCUUCAGGUAAAGAACAGUUUCAGGUUAAGAACGGACCUCCGGAACGAAUUAAGCACUUAACCCAAGGUACCACUGUACUAAGGGAGCCAGGCUUCUGGGCUCAGCCCACCACACUAUUUAACACACUGCCAUGCGAUGCUACAACAAUCAUGGCUGUGCAUUUUCUUUUUAGCCACAGCUUCUGUUGAGGCAAGAUGGAUGCCGCCCAAGCAAUGUGGCGCAUCAGAGGAGUCACCUGCAGAAGAGUGGAAUGUGUGUGCUGCCUUCACAUCUUGUUUCCCGCUCUGGGAUCCAGGCACAUGCUCAGCCCACUAUAUUAAAAACAAAGCGGUGCUUCCAACAGAUUCUAUCAGGCUUUCCCCCAGAUACCAGGUUUUUUCAAAUCAUAAGUUGGCACCCAGGGUUGGUGUAGCAGCUCUUCGACAUCCUUCUCCACGCUACCCUCUUAUAAUCUGUUGCAGAAUGGAUCUGAUUCUUAGGACUAGAAUGAGGCUAAUACUUGUUGGAGUGCCAGUGCCCUGCUUCAAUGGCUUGCCGAUGAGGUAGGGACUUGCACCAAAACAGCUCAAAAACAGCUAGAGUCCAGUUGCCGUUGACUUUGCAUCAUCAAUUUUAUAAUGAAAUGAUUUUAGAAUGUUUUAUCAUUUUACUGUUGUUAGCCACUCUGAGCCCGGCUUCAGCUGGGGAGGGCGGGAUAUAAAUAAAACUUAUUAUUAUUAUUAUAUUAUCUAGCAGUGGUUAUUCUUCUAGGCUGCGGCAGAGGGAGAGAAAGGACGCAGGGAUAUUCCAUGGGCUAUGCUGAAAUACUAACUGCCUUUGGCUCUUAUUUUGCAUCAUCUGUCACCUAACAGUAAUCAUUGCAUCCGGCAACCUGAAUUUCUGCUGUCUUAAUUGGACUUUAUAAAAACUGUAAGAACUGCUGCCUGAAUUUCCUUUUUUUCUUUUCCCUUCCCCUCUUCUACCUUUUCUGUCAUGUCUUUUAAAUUGAGCACCAAAGGGCAUUGUUAUUGCCUUGUUAUUGAUCUAUAGCUGCUCUGGGAACCUUUUUGACUGAAGAGUGAAAAUGCUUUAAACAAAUUAAAGAAGGGCAAACCAUGGUUUGAUGUACCCUGAAGUGCUUAUGCUCAUGAUGAAAGUAAACAUUACCCGACUGCUUUCUGCUACUGCGAGGGCAUUUGAAUCGAAGCUUAGCACAACAGAAAAAUAAAUGCUUGAAGUGCACUAGGAAGUAUGUCAAUGAAAGCAGAACAUCUCCUUGCAGUAUUUUCCUUGAUUGUUGUUUCCCUUGCAAUGCUUUUAGAUCAGAAUACAGAUAUUUGCCAGAGUUUAUUGUACCCACAAAACCCAUCUCUGGACUGAUCUGAUAAAAGCUUGCAAUUCUGCAGUAGCCACCCUAGGCAUCUAGUCAUACUGUUGGUGGAAGCAGAAAUUCCUUUCCAGGCAGCCCAAUCUUAUGAGGGCAAGAUAUAAUAUUUCCAGACCUCUCCAGAGGGAUGUAAGAAGGCAUCCAUUGUGUUCUGCCUUGUAUUUUUUGCAGGCAUCUCUGUUUCUAUUCUGCUGCAGUUCAGCUUUCAACAAAAACUACAAUAUUUGUCUCAAUGGUCUGCAGUGGUGAAUUUUUAUGCAAUAAAUUAUGUCCUUAAAUUAUCAUUAUGUUACUCCACACCAUUCAUUUCAUUGCAAAGGAAACCCAGUGCAAGUUGGGGGAGGGUUGUCAUCAAUUUCAUAUUGUUACACAUUGUUUGGUGACUGAAAAUCACAGCAACAGGGAAUACCAAUCGUACACACUGGAACGAUUCCCAUUCUGGACAUGGGACAAAUAAGGGAACAUUGGUGAUUUUGGCUCCCAUUUCUAUCUGUAGCUGCUCCAGGAACCUUUUUGGCUGAAGAGCCACCAAGUCUAAAUUUGUGGGAAAUGUUACGAAGCCUGGAAUUAUGAUAAUCACUCCUUCUAAUGGCAAAUUCAUGCGCUGAGUGGAGCAAGGAUUGUUGCUAAGCUGAGGCCACUGAGAAACAAGAGGGAAGUAUCAGCAGACUUGGGGAAACCCAGGGCUUGCAGAAGUACAGGAAAAUGUUUUUUAAAAAUACCCCAGAGAGCACAAAGGUGACUUACAAUAGCCAUUAAAACAAUGAAAAACUGUCCAACAAGAAGCUGUGAGCUUACAAAAUGCUGAUGACAGUUGAACCAAGAGGGAGAGAGAGGCAGGCAGCCAGAAAAGGGUCCGAAGAAACCAGAAGUCAGACAGACUGUGAGCCUACACUUUACUAUAAGUGCAUUUGUUGCAAUAAUAUCAGGAUCUGUUUUCUUUUAAAAAAACAACCAUCAAAUGUGCUUCCCUCCUCAACUAGAUCAGGAUCAGUGUGGUGUGAGCAAUAUGUGAACAUAAUACAGAUUUAUUGUAUACUGUGGUCCUAAGAUCUGGAUCCCAUGCUUGGUUUUUUAAUAAUAUUAAAACCUGUGGUUGCUGCAAGCAUAAAAUUUAAAAUAUCAUGUACUUAGGCUCUACAUGAGUCUAUUAAUUGAUUCUGCAAAUGCAUGUGUGUGGCAUUUAUCCCUUUACUUCUGAAACUAUUCCCUCUCAAAGCCUUGACAGCUCUUCUUCCAGGCUGAUAGGAUCCCUGAACAAGAAUGAUCUGCUCCACGAUAAAAAGUAGGGAAACACUGCAAUAUUCUGUUGCUUGUACCUGUAAGUCGAUCCGAGGGAGAUUCAGCACAGCUUCUGCAAAAGGAAGUACCCCAGCUUCACAACCUUUUUUUAGAAUUUGUGGAGAGUGUUUGAGAAAUAACGUCUUGACAAAUACUCUCUCUAAGACUUGGAAGGAAUUGCAGCUGUCAUGGGAUAAGGUGGCAGGUCAUUAUCUGAAUCAGUAAUAGUCCAAAAGACAGUAAAUUGAGUCUAGCAAGGAAUAAAUGGACAGUGCUCACAAUGAAGGAACCAGGAAGCAAAAUUGUACAGGGCUUUGUAUUUUUUUAUUCAUAAGCGAUUUGGAGUCGAGGGCGAGUCACAAGGCAGCCAAGUAGCCAAGUUUGCUGGCAAACUAUUCAGGAAGUUGUUUUUUUUAAUAACUGAACUAGCAAGAGCUCCAAAAGUAGGGCAUUCAAAUUCUCCAAAUCCCAACAUUCUAGUUCCCCAAAUCCCAACAGCCUAAUCUACAUAGGAUGCAAAUUAUUUCCCAGUUACACAAACCAAAUGGUAGGUUGAGGAAGAUUUAAGCAACGUUGCUUUUUCCAUGGUCCCCUGCCACUGCUGCUUUAUCUGGGCUAGUUUCCCUGUCCUUGAAGUCCCCCUUCUCAAGAGCUCCUCCAGACAACACUUUUAGUCUGCAUUCAAGGCUGGGAUGGACUUACACGCACCUGCAUUAAGGGCUGCUUACACCCUCAAUCAUUUCUGAACCAUGACAUGGCAUUUGCUGCAAACUGUGUGGUAUCCAUUGCUCCCGCCCCCCAAGAAAAAGUUACUUUUCAUACUAAAAUUUUCCAUUUUAAAAAUACACCUCUGAUGCGCUACAGCCCUGGGGUGCUCUUGCAGUAUACCGUACUGACUUGAAUUUGCUUCUUGCUGAUGUGGCCACUCCCACAUACUUCCUAUUCAUGAUGCAUCAGUGGAAAUGAGUGAGGGUUUAGCACAGCCAGCACGUCCUUAACCACUGAUCCCACGGACUCGGGGGAGAUAGUUAUGCUGGGGUGGGAUAACCUGCUUCUGUGUGGUGUAGUGGUUAAGAGCGGUGGCUUGUAAUCUGGGGAACCGGGUUCGCUUCCCCGCUCCUCCACUUGCAGCUGCUGGGUGACCUUGGGCCAGUCACACUUCUCUGAAGACUCUCAGCCCCACUCACCUCACAGAGUGUUUGUUGUGGGGGAGGAAGGGAAAGGAGAAUGUUAGCCGCUUUGAGACUCCUUAAGGUAGUGAUAAAGCAGGAUAUCAAAUCCAAAUUCUUUUCCUUCUUCUUCUUCUUCUCCUCCUCCUCCUCAUCCUCCUCCUCUUCUUCUUCGAGAGCUGCUGGCCUGCUCUGCUUUGCUGCUACCUUUGUGGCCGGGAGGGCAUACUCUCCAAAUGUCCCAAUUUUCCAGGACAGUCCUGGAAUUACGAAAGCGAUCCUGGCUUCUGAUUUGAUCCCUGAACCUCUCCACAGUGGUACCUUGGGUUACAGACGCUUCAGGUUACAGACGCUUCAGGUUACAGACUCCCCUAACCCAGAAAUAGUACCUCAGGUUAAGAACUUUGCUUCAGGGUGAGAACAGAAAUCGCACAGCAGUGGCGUGGCAGCAGCAGGAGGCCCCAUUAGCUAAAGUGGUACCUCAGGUUAAGAACAGUUUCAGGUCAAGAACGGACCUCCAGAACGAAUUAAGUUCUUAACCUGAGGUACCACUGCACAAAGAAGUCCUGUACAGUGGUACCUCGAGGUAUACCUGCAGACGGAACUUGCUAGGUUACAGAGUUCUCCGCUUUGGAAGCCUCAGAAAUAGAUCUGCCAUCGGGCUUGCAAGACGACUUUGUCUUGCGAGGGCCUGAGAUUUCAGAAAUCGCCCUCUUAGCUAGUGGCGUAGCAGCUUAUCUGCUUAGCGAUGGCCUGAUAAACUAGCUAAAAGCUGGUAGCCGCUCAAGCCGCUAAUAGCGCUAAUCAGUUAAUCAGGUCAAUGAGCUGGACCUCCAGAGACAGAAUAACCGUUGACUAAGGACUCUCAGAGCGUACUCACUGCAUCUACGAAGCAUCACUGUACAGUGGUACCUCGGGUUACAGACGCUUCAGGUUACAGUCUCCGCUAACCCAGAAAUAGUGCCUCGGGUUAAGAACUUUACCUCAGGAUGAGAACAGAAAUCACAUGGCAGCAGUGGGGGGGCCCAUUAGCUAAAGUGGUACCUCAGGUUAAGAACAGUUUAAAGUUAAGAAUGGAUCUCCAGAACGAAUUAAGUUCUUAACCUGAGGUACCACUGUAUUUCCCCCGCCAGUGCUGCUGCUGCCAACUUCAGAGAAGAGGAUGAGCCAGCGCUUGUCCCAAGCAACAAUGGUGGCUGCAACUGCGAGGGAGCGUCUCACUGCCUAACCAUGGCUGCAGUUGUUGACCUUUUUGAGUUUUGCCCAAACGGGCUGCCAUGCGCCUGGAUUUUCCUGGACAUUUGCCCGAUUACCCCCCCGGACACUGUUGCCGACUGCAGUAUUCUGGAGGUGUCCAGGAAAAUCCGGGCGUAGGACAACUCUAGCCAAGGCCCAGCCCUGUGUGAUACACUUGUCUCUGAGAGGCAGGUAGAGGACAGGGCUACCCUGGAUGGGAGGAAAGGGCAACAGAGUGGAGUGCAAGGAGUUUUGAUUUAAAAAAAUGUUUUGUUCAUCCAUUGCCGGAGGAAGAGGGGGGCAGGGGGAGCGCACCACCCCCGGCACCACGAUACCAGUGGGGUGCCAUCGCGGCUGCCCCCCCAUGCUGGAGGCCACGCCCCCAGGACAUGUGCCACGCCCCCGGGGCACGCACCAGCCACGCCCCCGCCUGCUCUCCUCCCCCCGGUGCUGGAGCAUGAAGCUCCGCCACUGUGUGCGUCUGCAUCUAAUCUUUGUCUUUUCUUAAAAUUUAUUUAUUGGUGUGUGUUUUUCUUUCUGUAAAUCUUUGUUGUUGUUUGGUCGUUUAGUCGUGUCCGACUCUUCGUGACCCCAUGGACCACAGCACGCCAGGCACUCCUGUCUUCCACUGCCUCCUGCAGUUUGGUCAAACUCAUGCUGGUCUCUUCGAGAACACUGUCCAACCAUCUCGUCCUCUGUCGUCCCCUUCUCCUUGUGCCCUCCAUCUUUCCCAACAUCAGGGUCUUUUCCAGGGAGUCUUCUCUUCUCAUGAGGUGGCCAAAGUAUUGGAGCCUCAGCUUCAGGAUCUGUCCUUCCAGUGAACACUCAGGGCUGAUUUCCUUCAGAAUGGAUAGGUUUGAUCUUCUUGCAGUCCAUGGGAUCUCAAGAGUCUCCUCCAGCACCAUAAUUCAAAAGCAUCAAUUCUUCGGCGAUCAGCCUUCUUUAUGGUCCAGCUCUCACUUCCAUACAUCACGACUGGGAAAACCAUAGCUUUAACUAUACCUCUGUAAAUCUACCAAAGAAUAAAAUCAGGACUAAUGAGUUUUCUCAGGACAGUGGAGGGCAUGUGUACUGUGUCCCAUUGGUGUCGUGUGGGUGGCACUCGCCCUUCUUCUGAUAGGCUAUGUUUUGCAGGGGGACAAAAAAGGAGGGUUGAGGAGGGUUAGUUGAAGGAGAGCGAGAAAUGUCCCUAGUUUCAUCUGAGGAAGGUUGGAGGAUAUGGGGAGGGGAGGUGCAUCAGUGGGAUCAGGAGUCAAGUGAGAAGUAAGGACCUUGUUGCUUUCCUUUCCUCCCUUUGCUCUUGGGGCUGUGACUUAUUUCUUUGCCCAGCUGCGGGGUGCAGGGAGCUGGAAGAGGACCAUAGCUGUCAACCGUCCCUUAUUUGGCAGGAAAGUCCCUUAUCCCAGCGCUGUGUCCCGCUGCUGUCCCUUAUUGAUGAUGUCCCUUAAAUUUCCUGGGUUUCAAAAGAAGCAGCUCCUCUCCCUCCCUCCCUGCCGGCCAGGGAGGAGGGAGGCUCCAACUGUGUUGCUUGGCUGCGUUGCUCACCCAAUAAGGAGUCUAAGAACUGGGGGGGUGGAGCUUGUAUGACCGCCCCAAAUCGGCCGCGUUGCCUGGGAACCUGCCUUUGCUCAGUGCUUCCCAGCGGAGAGGUGACGGUGGUUUUCCUUGCUGCAUCCCCUUUGCCGGGUUGCUGCGCUGUGGGAACCACCACUUGAGGCUUUGUUUGGCUGCUGGCUGGGCUUUCUGCCUUUGGCUCGUAGGGACUCAGAAGUUGAACAUACCUGUGUCCAGAAAAUCCCUUAUUUUGGCUGCUGAUCCCUUAUUUUCGAGGCUGCUGGUCCUUAUUUUCAAAUCUGUAAGUUUACAGCUAUGGAGAGGACUAAGGAAUGGUGGCAGGUGAAUGGGCAAGAGAAGGGCUUUCCCUGCAUUCCCAUGCAUAAAAUCCAAGCUCUGCAUACACAGCACUUAUAUAUGCCUGGGGGUUUUCCCCCUGCAAAAGAUGAUAACAUGGGUUUCCACUCAAGCACAAUUGCUCAGAGGAUCUUUCCCCUGUCUUGAGCCACCACUGGGAGGUGGAAGAGAGAAGUUAGGCUUGCAAAUGCUUACAGCUGCUCAAGUCUCUGUCUGAGCAUUUCCCAGACUCUGAGUCACCCACUGGAAACUCAGUUCUCUUUCCUUGGCCAUUGGUUCACAUGAAGUCCUUGGCUUGUGCAUUUGACCCUUAGGAUCCUAGGCUGGAAUGGACCAAAAGGAACGUCAGGUCAGCAAAUGCUCACCUAUGAGUUUGGGACAUUUCUAUGAUGGAAGGGCCAGUCUGAAGGAACAAGCAACCCAGUGUUUUCUAAGUAGUGGUUAUAUUUUGGGGGUACUGAUCAGGUGUGUGCCCCGAUCCCUUGCAAUGUUGGCCAAGGACACAUGGUUGGGAUGUGCAUGGCCAUCUGGCUUGAGAGCAGUACAUGUGAAAAGGAUCUAGGAGUCUUGGUUGACCACAAACUUGACAUGAGCCGACAGUGAACGCGGCAGCUAAAAAAGCCAAUGCAAUUCUGGGCUGCAUCAAUAGGAGUAUAGCAUCUAGAUCAAGGGAAGUAAUAGUGCCACUGUAUUCUUCUCUGGUCAGACCUCACCUGGAGUACUGUGUCCAGUUCUGGGCACCACAGUUCAAGAAGGACACUGACAAACUGGAACGUGUCCAGAGGAGGGCAACCAAAAUGGUCAAAGGCCUGGAAACGAUGCCUUAUGAGGAACGGCUAAGGGAGCUGGGCAUGUUUAGCCUGGAGAAGAGGAGGUUAAGGGGUGAUAUGAUAGCCAUGUUCAAAUAUAUAAAAGGAUGUCACAUAGAGGAGGGAGAAAGGUUGUUUUCUGCUGCUCCAGAGAAGCGGACACGGAGCAAUGGAUCCAAACUACAAGAAAGAAGAUUCCACCUAAUCAUUAGGAAGAACUUCCUGACAGUAAGAGCUGUUCGACAGUGGAAUUUGCUGCCAAGGAGUGUGGUGGAGUCUCCUUCUUUGGAGGUCUUUAAGCAGAGGCUUGACAACCAUAUGUCAGGAGUGCUCUGAUGGUGUUUCCUGCUUGGCAGGGGGUUGGACUCGAUGGCGCUUGUGGUCUCUUCCAACUCUAUGAUUCUAAUAAUAAUAAUAAUAAUAAUAAUAAUAAUAAUAAUAUAUUAUUAUUUGUACCCCGACCAUCUGUCUGGGUUUCCCCAGCCACUCUAGGCGGCUUCCAACAAAGAUCCAAGAUACACUAAGAUGUCACACAUUAAAAACUUCCCUGAACAGGGCUGCCUUCAGAUGUCUUCUGAAUGUCAGAUAGUUGUUUAUCUCUUUGACAUCUGAUGGGAGGGCGUUCCACAGGGCGGGCACCACUAUAGAGAAGGCCCUCUGCCUGGCUCCCUGUAGCUUUGCUUCUCGCAAUGAGGGAGCUGCCAGAAGGCCCUUGGCGCUGGACCUCAGUGUCCGGGCAGAACAAUGGGGGUGGAGACACUCCUUCAGGUAUACUGGGCCAAAGCCGUUUAGGGCUUUAAAGGUCAACACCAACACUUUGAAUUGUGCUCGGAAACGUACUGGGAGCCAAUGUACCGUAUUUUUUGCACCAUAACACUCACUUUUUUCCUCCUAGAAAGUAAGGGGAAAUGUCUGUGCGUGUUAUGGAGCGAUUGCCUGCGGGUGGCAGGGGGGAUCUGCUGCAGUCGUGAGCAGAGGAUCCAUGGUUCCCCUUCCUUCCCUCCUCCGUGGUUACAAAGCAUGGAUCCACAUGGAUCCUCAGGAUUUUUGCAUUGGGCUACUCCAAACUCACUGUCAGAUCACAUGUCUGUGGCCACAGCAUGAACCACAAAAAUCAUAUAUCCACUAUUUCGUUUAGAAUUUUCUUUCCCUGUUUUCCUCCUCUAAAAACUACGUGUGUGUUAUGGUCUGGUGCGUGUUAUAGAGCGAAAAAUAUGGUAGGUCUUUCAAGACCGGUGUUAUGUGGUCUCGGCGGCCGCCCCCAGUCACCAGUCUAUAUGGUGGCACUGCAAGGAUUCCUGGAAUGGCAGGGUGGCCUGUUUUGCAGAGGGCAGUCCUUUGAUGGAAGGUGUGCUCUGUUAGUAGAACAGCUGCCUGGUCUAAGUGUGACUGAAAGAUAAGGCUUCCCCACUGUGGACAGAUGUAUUGUGAUUUAAAUUACGAUGGUUAUUUCUGUAUUUGAAAUCUAUCCUGAUAAAUUAGCACAUGCUAAUCUGUGUCCCUUUUGGGGCUGAAGCGCAAGUGGCCAUCCUGUGGGGUGGACAAGUUGUGGCACACCCAUUUCAGGUGACAAGAUUUCCUUGGGAGAACCACAGAGUCAUUACUAGACAGAAUGAUAUGGCAGAACCCCCUUCAGUCCCUGUAAGAACUAAAUCUGUAUAGAGCAUCUUUUCCAGGGAAAUGUUAUACAGUGGUACCUCGAGUUAAGUACUUAAUUCGUUCCGGAGGUCUGUUCUUAACCUGAAACUGUUCUUAACCUGAAGCACUACUUUAGCUAAUGGGGCCUCCUGCUGCCGCUGCGCCGCCGCUGCACGAUUUCUGUCCUCAUCCUGAAGCAAAGUUCUUAACCUGAGGUAAUAUUUCUGGGUUAGUGGAGUCUGUAACCUGAAGCGUAUGUAACCUGAAGCGUAUGUAACCUGAGGUACCACUGUACGUGGAAAGUCCAUGUCUCGGAGGCGUGUUCUCUGAAGAUGCAAGUAAGAAUAGAAAAACCCGAAAUGUUAAGAAUGGGGUGUGAAUUGUGCUGAAUUGCAUGGGGUGGGAGAGAAGGCUUUUAUUUAUUUGUUGUUUUAGAUGGUGAAGUACCUGUGGCAAAGUUUUGGUGAAAAAUAGUAUGGGGAAGAGGAUAGUGGUCUCUAAAACAUAUCUGAAUCACUGUAUCCUUCUUUUGGAAUAGCCUUUGGAACUAGGUAACCUGUGACCCUGAAGAUGUUGUUGAACUCCCAAAUCCCAUCAGCUGUAGGCAGCAUGGCCAGUGGCGUCAGGGGUGAUGCAAUGUCUAGAAACAUCUGGAGAAUUGAAGUCCCACACCCCACCCCACUUUCAGAGGGUGUCAAGAGAGCCAUGUAUCUUGAGGGGAGGGCCUGACUAUUAGAACAACUUAGAGGGCCUUUAGCAUUCCAGAUGCUUUGGCAGGUUACAAACCUAUAAACAAGCACGCACACCCAGUUGCUGCUAUUGUCGUUGAAUGGGGCUAGGUGUUAAUUAGAGGGAAACCAAUCAAGGACUGGGUUUGUAAGGUAGUUGGUGUAGCUGCUCUAGGAGAGAAGGAGCCAUCAGAGAUUUAAAAAACUAAAAAUAAAACCAAAGCUACGUGUGUCUUAGCAACAGGGCAGAUUGUGAUAGUGUAGAUGGAGAGGAAGCCUUGAGAGGGGAGAUAAUUUUGAGCACUGAGGAAGAGCAGAUUGCCAUCGCUGUGUAAAUCAGUUCAGAUUAGGCCUUUCUCGGAAACGUCAUAACUAGCAGUUCAUGAUGCGGCGAUAGAGCUCGUGCUUUGCUUGCCGAAGGUCCCAAGACACAGAGUUGCCAUGGAGUCAAUCAAAAAUCCCCUAGUGCAGUGGUUUCCAAUUAGCUAAGUACUGUGGGUCUCCAGUUUUUCAGAGCCACUCCAGAAGGAUACUGUGGUCAGGUGUAUUGCAUGCCUGUGCAAAUCUGUGGGUCUGUGCCCUCCUUAAGUCCUUUAAGUAGUGGACCACACCUCUAGUGUUGUGAUAGUACAGACAUUUCAGAAUGGCAUCUUUUCCCGAUCCCUUUCACUUUCCUUUUUUGGCACAGUGACUCCUUUAGAAGUGCUGAUAAGCAAUCUUUACCAAGAGACAAAAAAGAGAAACACAACUCUCUUGAGUUUGUUGGAUCCUCUUGGAAGUUUCCAGCACAUACACAAAAAAAUGAUUUUUUAAAUUGGACUGCAUACAAAAUUUGGCAGGAAUCUGAGGGGAUAGGCCAAGAGCGAGUCAGACUUUUCAGAUCCAGGUUUAGAUCUCAGAUCGUGAAAAUGUGGACACCAGCAGUGUCUGGCCUAUGGUGUGCUUCAAGGCUUUCAUCACUGCUCGGUUUUUAUUGUAAACUGUUAGAAGAAACCCUCUGGACUUGAGCAGAUAGUUUGAUUCUGGUUCUAUUUUUUUUUAAUCAAUCUGAAAGCAGAGGUAUUCACAGCUGUUGCCAAGGGGAUGUGGUUAAAGAGGCUGAAUCAGAAAAACACACAGCUGAAGUGCAAGCCAAGAGCUUCGUCCAAGCACCUCCUGCAGCUUUGCAAAGGAUUCUGGGGCACAACAUCACAGCUCUUGAAAUACAGGCUCUUGGACCCUCCCUGUCUUCAACAUAAACCUCAGCCAUCCUCUGCCUCAAAUUUAUUUGUAGAAUGUGCACUUCCGUGGUCUGUUGUGCUUUGCACAUGCACACUAAGUUCAAUGCACCUUACUUCCUGGUAAGGGACUGCAGCCACAUCUUCUAAGCAGACCCUGUGUGUUCCACUUCUUGUUGUAAGUUCUCUAUUUGGGUAGUUAUUUUAGUUCUUCUCCUUUGCACCUGUUCCAGUUCAAAUACCUCAAGGUGGCCACAGAUGAUCAAAACGAGGCCGUAUUGCAGAUGUCUUUGAUGAGGGCUUGCCUAGUUUUAUGAGUACUUCUUGUUCUCUACUGAUUAUUCUGCUCCUCAUAUUUUGUCCUCCAAAUGGCCUUUUCUUUGUACCUAGAUAACAAUUUAGUGAUUUCGUAGUUUUCCAUUGGUCGAGAUCCCCAGGCCUCUUUGCUUCAACGUAAGUUCCAGCAAGAGUUGCCAACCAACCCCUUGCUUGGAUAGCUCACUUGGUAGAGCAUAAGACUCUUGAUCUCAGGUUCAAGGGUUUGAGCCCCACAUUGCGCAAAAGAUUCCAUGCGUUGCAGGGAGUUGGACUAGAUUACCCUUGUGGUCAUCUCUGAUUCUAUGAUAGCUCAAUGAUAACCAGAAGACUCCAUCCUGGCCUGCUCUAGUGCCUUUAACAGCAGCUUGAUCAGCAGGGCUGCUCCCCAAAGGGUGGCUUUAAGCAUUCAGAGGCAGAUUUAGGGGAGCAUGACCAGUUCAGUCACACUGGGCACCAGCGGUCAUUCGCAGGCACCCUCCUGAGUGUUGCUGGAGGGCUCUGAGGGGAAGGCAGCGGAGGGGGACUCAGCAGCCCAGCGGGCCGGGAGCCAAGCCCUGGGCUGUGCUGAUUUUGGGAGCGGCAUACCGGGGCAUUUGGACUUGGGCGUCACUUUGUGCUCCAGAGCGCUGUCCCCAAAAUAAGCACCACCCAGGGCACCCCACCCUCCCUGCCCCCCAUUGGCUACACUACUGCUGGGCACAGAGCCUCGGGUGUGCUGCCAGGGACACCACAACUAUUAUUUAGAAUGCAGCGCAAGGCAGAGAGGAGCUGAAUUUUGGUGUUGAAAUUUGUGACCCAAGCUCUUCUUUCGUAAGGAUUGACAUUUGUUCUGAUUCAGCAGUAAACAGCAGGUUUUCUUGGGGGAAGCGGCAGGGGAAAAGGAAUGUCUUUUGGACCUGUGCUUAGAAAUCACAGGAGAAGUGUGGAAGAGCACUCAAGACUAAAUAUCAGGAAGAAAUUUCCGGUGGUGAGAGCUGUUUGGCAAUGGAGCAGACUCCCUUGGGAGAUGGCGGUCUCCCCUUCAUGGGAAGUUUUUUAACAGGUUGGGUGACCGUCUGUCAGGGAUGCAGGGGUGCCCGAGUUGUGAUUCUUGCAUUAUAGGGGGUUGAACUAGAUGUAGCAUGUGUGCCAGCGUCCCCACACUUUCUGCGAGCUGAAUCAGAACAAAUGUCAGUCCUUACAACACAAAAGCAAUGCUUCAGUGGCAGAUCUUGGGGUCUCAAAUUUCAGCGGUGCCCUGUGCGAUGCCAAAAUUCAGCUCCCCUCCAUCUUGCGCUGCAUUCCAAGUAAUGGAAGCUGGUGCGCGUGGUUUCAUUGGCACCUGUUUCAUGCCACGUCUGCUUUGCCCAGUGGGAGCUGUCCAUUUUGGCUUGGUGCGGUUCUCUUGUUCUGAGGAGAAAACGGCCCGUGACAAUGAUAUUUAUCUGCAGCCUGAAGAUGAAAUUUGAUCUUCAUAACUAGGUUCACCAUAGUUCAGGGAGACACAUAGUUUUUCUUCUUCUCUCUUCUAUAUCUCAACUUGAUCCCCUCCCCCUCUUUCCUUUUUCCUUCUGUGAUGGAACUCCUAUUUGGGGACUCCCCUGGCUUUUUUCUGACCCACGUAGGACCAGUCUGGAUAGUUGGCCUUGAUAAAGAUUUGACCUUUUCAUCCCCAAAAAGUUUUUGAUUUGAGUUUCUACUGAAAUGAGACUGCAUUUUAAUGUUGUACUUUAAUCUUGUUUUUCAGUUGUAUUUUAGUCAAUUGUUUUAUACUUGGUGUUAGCCGCCCUGAGCCCGGUCUUGGCUGGGGAGGGUGGGGUAUAAAUAAAAAUUAUUAUUAUUAUUAUUAUUAUUAUUAUUAUUAUACUCCCACAAUAUUAGAAUUCUGAAAUACUAGGCAUUAAAUGCCCCCUCCAAGAAAAAGCUGUGAAAGGACUAAACCCAUACAAGGAAUGUAAUCUGGUUCUUGGUACCAGUUCAGAUUAUGAUGCAGCAGACUCAUCACUCAUAAUAAUUUGCUUGUGUUUUUACUUCUAUUUUUUUUUUUUAAAAGUGGGGAGUCCAAACCCACUUUGCUCUGCCCACAAAUUCCCUCAGGAUCUGGGUUCGAGAGGGGAGAGGAGGGCAAGGAUUGCUUGAGGUGUGGAGAGACAUGUACUUUACCCCAUAAUCUGUGUGGGGAAACAGGAGGUAGGGCCUUGUUUACUCUACCAUAGAUGCAAUAGUGUCUCUGAUGGAAGUGUGGAAGAACUCCGCAGCUCCUUGCCACCCCUGAUGCCACUUCCCCUUUCACGGAAGGUACAUGGGGCAGAGUUACCUCAAGGUGUCUGUGCUGGUAUAGUCGGGGCAGCAAGUGGCUGCAUGGGGUGUGUUGAGUGGGGCUGGUGAAAGGGCUAGAAAUUUCCACUCUGACCUUUAUGGGUCUUUUGCUAGCUGGCCAUAUUUAAGGGAUGAUGAGCCAUCUCACUGCGGUUGAAAAAUGUGCUGAACACAUAACCAUCCCAGCCAGCCAUGCCACUCAGCACAUUUGGCAGGAAGUAAACGUGUUGGGGAAACAUGGUCGUAUGUCCCCAUCCACAUGGGAUGGGGAAGUCAAUUGUGCAACUCAAACGGGGCUUGCUCCUUUCAACUUUCUGAGUAUGCGCUUGUUGGCAUCUGUCUGUCUUGGGAGACAACAGAGGAGUGUGCCUUUCGGAGCGAAGUCAAACCAUUGGAGAGUUACAGCACCUGUUGUGAGUGUGGCGACUGAUAUAGGAGAGACAUGUUUUGUUGCAGCUGGGGCGUCUGGUUGUACUGCUGCAAGGUCAUUCCUCCUCAACCCAUCUCUUCUGCUAAAUUUUGCUCCAUUGCUCCACCUAGGAAUUCACAAGUGUUAAUUGCCACCUGCUUUAAAUUUUUUGUCUCAGUGUUAUAAUUUGAAAUAUGCAGCUCCCUUCUACGAUUGGAUGGAAGACUUAUACAAACUUGCAACAUAUGAACGACUUGCAUAUAAGUGCAGGCUUGCCAUGGACAAAUUCAGUGAAAUUUGGAAUCCAUUCUUACAAAUACUGUAAUAGGUUAAGAUCUAGUGAAGUACAAUAACAAGCUUGUAAAAUAUACAGUUUUGUGUUUUCUUCCCUCCCCCCUUUAUUUUCUAUUCUACACGGGUUUUGUUUCUCUUUUUCUUUUUCUCUCUUUUAUUUACAUAUCAGCAUGUUUAGUGUAUAUAUAAUUAUAUACUUUUUGAACUUUCAAUAAAGAUGUUUAAAACAAAGCAAAAUAUAUGUUUUUUUAAAUAUGUAGCAGAUUAAUGGUUGGCUCCUGCCAACCUAGCAGUUUGAAAGCACAUCAAAGUGCAAGUAGAUAAAUAGGUACCACUCCGGCGGGAAGGUAAACGGCAUUUCCGUGCGCUGCUCUGGUUCGCCAGAAGCGGCUUAGUCAUGCUGGCCACGUGACCCGGAAGCUGUACGUCGGCUCCCUUGGCCAAUAAAGUGAGAUGAGCGCCGCAACCCCAGAGUCGGUCACGACUGGACCUAAUGGUCAGGGGUCCCUUUACCUUUACCUAGCAGAUUAAUGUGCAUGCAAAGUGCUAGAAGGAAACCUGUUGGUGCUGGUUACAUCAUAGUAAGAAUUAGAAUAAUAAUAGGGCUGGGGAAUCCCUUAGAGCAGGUAGAUCUGCUGUUGAUCACACACCCCCUUGGCAGCCUUGCUUAGAGUUAGGGAUAACCUAGCAGAAUCCAGGGGGAACUAGAAGGCAGUGAUAGAACUGAAUACGCUGCAUGUUUUGCACUAUGUUGAGCCAUGGUGGUCGUGUUGCUGAGUCUCAUUCUCAGCUUAUGUUCCUUCUCUGUGCUCUACUUCCAGUUCCUGUGCCUCAAGAACAUCCGAACCUUCCUUGCUGCAUGCUGUGAGAAGUUUGGUCUGCGCAAGAGUGACUUGUUUGAGGUCUUCGACUUGUUUGACGUCAGGGAUUUUGCAAAGGUUUGAUUGCUUCAUCUGCCUUCUUCACAAAAAUACAGUUUUCGUAGGCACUUUAUUAUUGUCUUCAAAGGAGUCAAGGUAGCCUGUGAAUGUGAUACAAAUCUGUUUCAUACAUAUAAUAUGCAACUCAAAAAUGUAGCUUUAUAGCCACAAUAGCCAAUAGUCUCCAUGUGCAAUACAUAUUAGCAAACUGAUACAUGUUAAUAUAUUAAUCAGCUGUAACAUGACACAUAAAAUGUGCAUGCUCUAAACAGAUCACAUGCUUGCACAGAAAAACUAUGGAUAUGCAAGCUGCCCCAAACUCAUGUUCUUUUUUGUGGUUCUUCAAGCAAACACCAAAAUAUUCCAUUCCUCUUAAAACACUUGAAUGUACAGGAGUCCUGAGGAAAUGCAGACACCUCCAUUCCCAAGCCAAGCCCCACUUCCGACUCUGUCAAAAAUCCCUUAGCAGCUGGUGCUGCAGUGCUCAGUGAGUGCAACUGUCAGGAAACAGCCAAAAUAAUGGAAACGUGCUAUUUAUCCGUAUUUAUCAAUAAUGAUCAUUUGCCAUACUUUGUGGUUUUGAUAACAAAUAAGUGAUUUAUAUUAGGGAACAAAUUAUCUUUAAGAAUAAGCCCAAGUUCAGAGGUCAUGACCGCUUCCUUGUUUGCAAUAACACCUGCAGUCACAUUUGCAUUGGGUCUUGGUCCUGUAUACCUGAAGGAGCGUCUCCACCCCAUCAUCCAGCCCGGAUGCUGAGGUCCAGCGCCGAGGGCCUUCUGGCGGUUCCCUCGCUGCGAGAAGUGAGGUUACAGGGAACCAGGCAGAGGGCCUUCUCGGUGGUGGCGCCUGCCCUGUGGAACGCCCUCCCAUCAGAUGUCAAGGCAAUAAACAACUAUGUUACUUUUAAAAGACAACUGAAGGCGGCCAUGUUUAGGGAAGUUUUUCAUGUCUGAUGCUGUAUUGUUUUUAAUAUUCGGUUGGAAGCUGCCCAGAGUGGCUGUGGAAACCCAGCCAGAUGGGCGGGGUAUAAAUAAUAAGUUGUUGUUGUUGUUAUUAUAAAUUAUUAUUAACUAGAGUUUCGACAUCACUUGAAGCUUUAACCUCAAGACAAGGAUGUUCUAUGGGGCAGAAGAUGGCAGCUUUGCCAGCCAGGGGGCAGGUGCUGGCCAUGUCUGAUGCCUCAAGGGUGGAGCCAGAAGAGAAAGAGGGAGGUGGCGUCCCCCAAGUGUUGUGGGAAUGAGUUCUAAGCACCUUUUUACAAAAGGGAACAUACAUAAGGAAGAAGGAACUUGUGGUUUAAACCACUGCUUGAGUCCUCCCUACAGGUGUGUCUACCAGACCUUUCAGGCAGGCAGAUAUUCUCAUUUACUGUAUCUGCUGCCCACAUUUUAUCAUUCCAAGCAGCUGCGUGAUCAUUCACAAUCUCUGAGGCAGCAAAACGUCUUGAGUUGUCAGCCUCAGUGCAAAAUCACCCUGAGCGCAGCAUUGCCUCUGAAGGAGUGAGCUGCUGUAUUCACACCAAAGCUUUGGGAGCUGCCUGACAGCAUGUAAACAAUAUUCCCUGACCUCCCGCUCUCUGCUCAGUAGGCCAGAAAGCAAGCAGGCGCUUGCCCACAACAGGAUAUGAAAUGCAGCAGCCAAACCACGCAGGCGAGUUGCAGUGGGCAUGUUCUAGAGGAGGAAGCCUGUAACACGUGCGAUCUUGCUGCAAAGGGUUUCCUUUAAGCCAAAGGUUUAUUUUAAAAUGCUAGCGCAAGGUUCCAGCUCUAUGAUUCUAUGAUUCUAAGGUUUCCAUUCUUAGCUAAAUGUUUGCCUGGCUGCAGAGAAAAACGUGGAAAGAUUGAGUGAAAUGAAUGGAAGGAUCAUAGAGUGAGAAGUGUAGGGGGGUAUGAUGGUCAUCCAAUUUAGAUGUGCUAAUGUAGCUUAUCUUAUGCCCUAUGAUGAGACAGAGGGAAGCAGAGGGAAGCAGCUGCCUCAGGUGGCAGAUGCUGAGGUAAGUGGAGCAGCCACUCUGAGCGGCUUCCAACAAAACACUAAAAUACAAUAACCUAUUAAACAUUAAAAGCUUCCCUAAACAGGGCUGCCUUUAGAUGUCUUCUAAAAGUUUGGUAGUUAUUUUUCUCUUUGACAUCUGGUGGGAGGGCGUUCCACAGCGGGUGCCACUACCGAGAAGGCCCUCUACCUGGUUCCCUGUAACUUGGCUUCUCGCAGCGAGGGAACCACCAGAAGGCCCUCGGCGCUGGACCUCAGUGUCCAGUUUAACAGGACUUAAAAGUGGUUAAUUUUGGUUGGAUUGUGCCCCUUUAUAUAGUGAUUUUCUUAAACAUUUUAAGCACUCCACACACAUUAUCUUAGCAAUUCUUUAAACAGCCCUGUAAGACUUGUCAAUAGUGUUGAGAGCUGAGGCUGAUCGCUUGCCCUGUGAAUUCAUGGCUUAGUCAGAGGUAAAAUUUGAAGCGGGGGAUUCCCUUCUCACAUACUGAGUCACCGUGCUGCAUCAGUUCUCAGUAGCAAUAAUGGAAACAACAGAGGCCCCAAAUGCUUUUAAAAGUAUCAAACCACUUUAAUAAGUCAUGGCCUCCCCCAAAGACUCCCGGAAACUGUAGUUUGUUAAGGGUGCUGAGAGGGUGCUUAUUCCCCUCACAGAGCUACAAUUCUCAAAAGUGGUUUAACAGUCAAUCCCUCUCCCCAGGGAACAGUUUGCUACUAUUCUGGAAAUUAUUAUUUAAGGGGUGUCUGGAAACUGAGGAAACCGGCAUUGUCCUUCAUCUUCAUAGUCUCUGAGUAUAUUUAUAUGUCUGCGGAUUAGGGUUGCCAUAUUUUGAAGAGCAACAAAGAGGACACAUUUGCCAACUUCUACGUUUAACAAUGGAUCUCUAUGAUGACGCUUAUCAUGAAAAAGAGGGCAUAUCGUGGAAAAAGAGGACCUAUGGCAACCCUGGAAUUAAAGCAGCUCUUACUUCCACCCCACCCCCAAAUACUGCAAGCAUGACAUCUCCUAAGUAGCCUUAUCAGAAUGUUUUCUGUUAAAUUAAAAUGGAACAAUUGUACCUUAAGUAAUUAUAGUCAAGGUAACAGGAAAGGCUUAAUUUAUAUGCAAACAUUCUGGAAACAUAGACUAAUUUCAUUGGUGUUUAUGCAACAUGUCAGCUAAAUAAUGUUAACAGUACAAUGUGAUACACUACAACAAUUAACAAUUAGAUCGUGUUCUUCCUUUUAGUCAUUUUCUACGUUGUAAAGGCUUUAGAAGUGUUUCUAAAAAGAAAUCCAGAACUGGACAACCAGCUGCAAAGUAGCAUUCCCUGAGCCCAGGCUACUGAGUAAAGCUCUCUUCAUCUUGUGCCAUUUCCCCCAUCUCCACUGGCUGGCUCUGCAUGCCCUGGCUGGACACUGGGGACUGUCUCUCGGAUGAACUUGAAUUUCUGUUUAUUUCAUCGGGUUUUAUUGUUUUGCUGUAUGUUGUUAUUACUGGCUCUGCUUUUUGACAUUUCAACAAAAGCUGCCUUGGCUCUACAAAACAUUGUGGAAUAUUAAUGUUUUAAAGUCAAUACAGUGGUACCUUGGGUUACAUACACUUCAGGUUACAUACGCUUCAGGUUACAGACUCCGCUAACCCAGAAAUAGUGCUUCAGGUUAAGAACUUUGCUUCAGGAUAAGAACAGAAAUCAUUCUCCGGCGGCACGGCGGCAGCAGGAGGCCCCAUUAGCUAAAGUGGUGCUUCAGGUUAAGAACAGUUUCAGGUUAACAACGGACCUCCGGAACGAAUUAAGUACUUAACCCAAGGUACCACUGUAAUCAAGUAUCCAUAGAUUAAGUCCAAUGUUGCUGACCACACACCUCUCUUUUUCUCUCUCUCCCUCUCUUCUUCCACGUAGGUGAUUGACACCUUAUCAAUACUUUCGUGGACACAGGUUGCUCAGAACAAAGGGUUCGUGUAAGUGCAGUUGGCUUUCAUGCGUGUCUCACACAGAUGUGGCAUUUUGUGAAACUGUUGUAAAACUAGGGGCUGCGCCUUUGCUCACUCUACUCCCCUGCCAUCUCUGCUCACAUUAACACGCCCGCCCCCCCAAGUUUCUCCUUCCCACCCCAUGCAACUGCGAAGCUCAUGUCGCCUUCCAGUGUGGUGUAGUGGUUAAGAGCGGUAGACUCGUAAUCUGGUGAACCAGGUUCGCUUCCCCGCUCCUCCACAUGCAGCUGCUGGGUGACCUUGGGCCAGUCACACUUCUUUGAAGUCUCUCAGCCCUACUCACCUCACAGAGUGUUUGUUGUGGGGGAGGAAGGGAAAGGAGAAUGUUAGCUGCUUUGAGACUCCUUCGGGUAGUGAUAAAGUGGGAUAUGAAAUCCAAGCUCUUCUCUUCUUCUUCCCAACCUAGUUUCUGAAGCCACUUCUCUCUUGUAUUCUGCAGUGCUGCUUUGCACCCUAGUUUUCACCUGCACCACAUGUCCAUGCCUUCUUUUGUGAGACCCCCCUUUCACACUCCAUGGUAACCUCCUGCAUCUUCCUCCUCCCACAAAGUACAUCUAGUAAGUCCAAUUAUUAAGCCACCAUCCCCUUCAGGCCCUUUCGUGCCCCAGUUUUCCUCUUCAACCCCAUACAAUUACUUCCUGCUUUUCUCAACAAUCCCUUUCACGCAGAUCAUCCCCUGUUUCCAUGCCAUCUCUUCUCCUCUCUCCUGUGGUGCAACCCCCUUUGUCUGUGUGUGCACACGCACACUCACCGGCCCAGUUGUCAUCUCCAACCCCUUUUUCCUAUCUCUUUUUUUAUAAAAAAAACUCCCUUGCACACAGACCACUGUUUUGAUUGUUCCUCCCUUCUCUCUGGACUCGAACAACAGCAGAAAUUUGAGUAGGUGUGGAGGAACAUUGAGGUGAAAAUUGUGGUUUUUAACAAUGGCAAAGGUUUCAGUAAAUCAGGGGUGGAGGGACAAUAAAGGUUGUUUUUUUUAAAAUAUAUAUAAAAAAGAUAACCAACAAAUUUUAACAAGGAGAAAUAGCAGAAAUGGGUAUGACAGAAACUAACACCAAAAAGCCUAACAUACACAGCCUGUCCCAACUUUCUUCUUGCUGCAGGCAAGCCUUGUUUUAAUCUGCCACUUCCUCUCAUCCCUUUCGUUAUAAGAAAAAGACAGCUCCCGUUCCCUUAUGGGGUAUCCAAGGGCCUGUAUAGAGUCCUUACAUAGGUUUCCUAUCGGAAGGAGAAAAUAACGGAGGCCAACCAGAGAAUAUUGAGAGAAGCAAGGCAGCUAGUAAGCCUGAUCUUUAUUAAUUGUUGCAACAGGGUCCCCACUCACCACAUGCAAGAGGCAGGAGGGACCCAGAACAAUGGUGAGCAAGCCCUUAUAUAGACUUUGGAAGUUGCUCACCCUGUAGCCAGAGACCACCCCCCAAAACAUCAUACAUACAUCACAGAAAGAGGUGGUCUACAGCAGAAAUCUUGUCUGCCAGGAUACCUGAUAAUGGUGACUGGUUGCAUUACCUGGACAGUCCGCCCAUUCUUUUGUGAUGGUAAAUACUUUAAUUCCUGAAACCAGGUCACAGGCUCAUCCUAUUCAUACACACAUACGCCCUUAAGACAGGUAAGCAAAACACAAUGGAGAGGCUUUUUCAUUUCUUUCCUCCUUGCAGAGAAAUAUUUGAGGUCACUAGGAGAGUCAAAAUAGUUUGGGAGAGUCAAAAUAACUUCAGGAUUGUUCUCCUGUACUAUUUCAGACACGUGGUUUAUAUACUUAUGUAUAAUAAUAAUAAUUAUUAUUAUUAUUUAUAUCCUGCCCUCCCCAGCCAAAGCUCAGAGCGGCUAACAUUUGCCUUGUAGAUUUAUGCAUUUAUGCAUAAGCAUUUGCCUUGUAGAUUUAUGAACAAAUGAUUUAUAUAUAUGAGACCUUGGAAUUCCUGUAACACUUUCUUAAUCUACUCAUACCUCUGCUACUGUUUAAAAUCACUUUUUCUUCUCUAGCGUAUUUCCAUUCCUGCUUUACUGCUGUUGUUUAAAACCACCAAUUUCCUCUGUGUCUCUCCAUCCCUGCUUUAUUCAAAACUCUGCUGUUGUUUUAAACCACCAUUUCCCUCUCGGUUUUCCCCAUCCCUGCCUUGCUCAAAGUGCCAGUUUGGCUUCAGCAAAGAGGGGAGCCAUGAACCUUUUCGUGGUCUACUCCAGCCCAGUUCUAUUGACAACUGGGCCAGAAAGAGAAGAUAUGUUCACAGCUAUCUGUAUGCCAAAUAAUCUUACGGCACUCAGUACAUUUAUUGUACCUUAAAUUUUCCUUGACUAGAGACCAACCACUGAAGUUGCAAAUAAUAAAUAUUAUUGAUAAGUCCGCAAUAAAUCUUAGGCAGUGGCUACUUUGCCGACAAUGUGUUGGCCUUAGAUGACAGAUAAGUUCAUCCAAAAGAAGGUUGGUGGUUUGAAUCCCCACAGCGGGGUGAGCUCCCAUUGCUCGGUCCCUGCUCCUGCCAACCUAGCAGUUUGAAAGCACGUCAAAGUGCAAGUAGAUAAAUAGGUACCGCUCUGGUUUUGCCAGAAGCAGCUUAGUCAUGCUAGCCACAUGACCUGGAAAAACUGUCUGCAGACAAACAUCGGCUCCCUUGGCCAGUAAGGCGAGAUGAGCACAGUAACCCCAGAGUUGUUCGGGGCUGGACGUAACUGUCAGGGGUCCUUUACCUUUACCUUUUUACUUUGCCGACAAUCUGUCGCCCUUAGAUAACUGAUAAGUUCAUCCAAAAGAAGUUACCAAGCAAGGGGCUGCAACAUCUGAAAUAAGCAUCCUCUGAUACCACUAUAAAUGCUAUAUCUAUAUAGGCAUAUAUAUAGUUGCAGGUACUUGAGUAGCAUGUGGAUAUUACAUUCUGAUCUUAAACCAUCUUUGUUAUUUUACAGGCCAUUCCCUACAGAGGACAGCAUCGCUGAUGAUGAUAUAUACAGUGGCUUAUCGGAUCAGAUUGAGUAAGGAGCAAGACCAUUCUGGGAGGGGAGGGGUAUAUCAUUCAUGCUGCUUUUCCCUGGAAGGAGUCCUGGGCCUUGAAAGAAUGCAUGACAUCAGAAAAUGAUCAAGUGGAUCUUUUUCCUAUCACUGUACGCUGGCAGAACCUUUCCCCUCCUGAAUUCCUGCUGCUUCUACGAUUGCUAAAGGCGCAGAAGUAUUGAUGGGAAAAUGAUAAUCAUUGUGCCAAUAAGCUUCUCUCAGGAAUACAGGUCUUUGAAAGUAACUGAGGGUAGUCUAGAUAGCGACUUGAGGCAGACUCCUGUGACCCAUGGCAACUGAACCCACAUGGGUCUCAUUCCAACAAAAUCUACCUUCUCUCAUGUCAGGGGUGGGAAGGCUAAAGUUCUUUCUCUCUCCCUUUCCACCAGUGACACCAUGGAGGAAGAUGAUGACCUCUAUGAUUGUGUGGAAAAUGAGGAGGCUGAAGGAGAUGACAUCUACGAGGAUCUGAUGAGGUCAGAGCCAAGUGUCAUGCCGGUAAGUGGCCAGGAGGUGGUAAACUAUCUAUUCCUUGGAAGGCGCAAUUACUGCUUCCGGCUCCACCCACCAUCAGAAGAAAGUCAUUGUGCAGUCUGUCAAAGAAAGACACUGCAUGAUUUAUGUGGGUAUAGAAGGUAAAGGACCCCUGGACGGUUAAGUCCAGUCGAAUUCGACUAUGGCAGACAUCCCCAAACUCGGCCCUCCAGCCGUUUUGGGACUACAAUUCCCAUCGUCCCUGACCACUGGUUCUGUUAGCUAGGGAUGAUGGGAGUUGUAGUCCCGAAACAGCUGGAGGGCCGAGUUUGGGGAUGCCUGGACUAUGGGGUGCAGCGCUCAUGUCUGCUUUCAGGCCGAUUUAUCUAUCAGAUUUAUCUCUCAGACACAGCAAGCAUUUUACCAUCUGCAACUUGUUCAUCUUCACAGCAGCCCUGUAGAGUAGUCCCUGGUCGCCAUUUUAGAAGGAUUAAAUUAAAAGCAAACAAGUCAGUGUUAUUCCUGUUUUAUUUAUUUCUUAUUGAUUUAUUAAAUUUAUCAUGAAAAGAUCUCAGGGCAAUUGACAGAAUAAAAUACAAGAUAAUUAAACCAAAGCAACAAUGACCGCUCCCCGCAUAAAACAGGGGGUGACCUUUGCGUGGAUGUGCGCAGCCCCUGGAUCUGGAGCGGCUCCAUCAGCAUAGGCUUGGCUUUGCCUUCCCUCAGGUGGGAUACCUGGAGGUCUCCGCCUACCCCAGUCAGUUGUCCAAUCCCACCUGGGGGAAGCGUUGCCAAGGAGAUCAGGCCAGGUAGGGGAGGGAUUACCUGCCCACACAAUAGAGGGAGGAUCUUACCUGGGAAUCCUCACUUGGCUCCAGAGCAGAUCUCAGGGCAAUUGACAGAAUAAAAUACAAGAUAAUUAAACCAAAACAACAAAACAAUAUCCCCCUCUUCCCCCAGACACAUUUAAAAGGCUGUAGAAUAUUAAUCAGCCUAAGGCCUGGUCGAAGAGAAAUGUUUUACCUGGCGUCUAAAAGUAUAUAAUAAAGGCACCAGGCGAACCUCCCUUUUUAACACCUGACCCAUUAACAUAGUUAACAUCAUUAGGGUGGCCUAGUGAGUGAUGCAUUUGAACCCGAGUCCAGGGCCCAGGCUUCAUCCACUGACCCACAGCAACUCAUCUGAUAACAUGGUUCCCCACUGUGUUGUAUGUUUUGCAGCAGCGAAUGACUGAACUGGACAAGAGGAAAUGUUGCCUUCAGGAGAUCCAACAGACGGAGGAGAAAUACACAAGCACACUAGAAUCUAUCCACCAGGUACUUAUGCCACUGCCGCCUCCUCCCUUCUCACAGCAGUUCAGGUGGCCGAAUUUCUCUUUGCCCCACAUUCAGGCCUUAUUCGAGGCCACAGAAGCAGCACCUCCCUGUCUGGUUGUCUUCCUCUUUCUUGCUUUUUGCAACUCACCAGGCAAUGUUGUCGUGCUGUGAGUUUCCUCACUCCUGCCAGCGGUUGUGGGUGAUGUGGAGCAGGGCCAAAGAAACUCACUCAGCCAGAUGGCAUCAGGUCACAAACUGAGUUGCACCAGUGAUUAUGGGAGUUGGAAGGAGAUGUUAAAAUGGGCCUGAGGUUUUUGGCGGCAGCUGCUCACCGUGUCUUCAUUACUUAGUUCUACCCUUUGUUUGUAGCGACAAAGAAGGGGGAGCGUGGCCCUCAGCCUGAUAGACUGAGAGAAGGAUCCCUCCUCACAGUGGCUUCUUCCUCUGCUCACAGCAUGUAUAGUGCUAAACUGGGCAUGCAUAAAUUUCUCCCCAGUACUGUAUGGUAUAUUCAUCCCCCAUCAGCCAAUGUGCAUCUUGCUGCCUUGAAUUGUGCUUGUUAUUGGAUCAUUUCAACCAGGUUGUGCUCUUUCCAGCAUUUCAUGAGACCUCUGCAGCUGUUUCUGCAACCACAGGACCUGGAGAAUAUUUUUAUUAACAUUGAGGUAAGAAUCUAAUCUUUCAGGCACAUUGCUUUUUUUAAGUACUCCUCCAGCCGCUCUAGAUAUAUUAAGUGCCCCAAGUUACUGUUGUCCAUUGUCAAAGUGCUAAAAUUACCAUAUUGACCUGAAUAUAAGCCUCACUUUUUCCAAAUUCUGACCGUGAAAAGUUAAAGUGUGGCUUAAAUUCACAACCUUACAAAAAUCUGCUUUUACGAUAUCGCUGCUGACAAAGACAUACGGUAAAACGGAACGGGUGUGAGUGCCUGCAGAAUUUUAAGGGAGCGGCUUAUAUUCAAGUGUUGUCUUUUUUUCUUUUCCCCCCUUGAAUUUUAAAGGUGUGGCUUAUAUUCGAGGCAAUACGGUAGUUUGGUUUAACAUAGCAACCAGUUUGUGACAAAAGCCUUGGUGGCUUUUAGUAGUGUUGCUGCCAAAGUCAUAAUUCCCUGGCUCAGGAUGUGAACCUCUCUGACUUAUGUGAGGUCUGGGACACCACAGUUCUUCUCUGGCUCAGAUUGUAAAAAACAAGUUGCUUUUUUUCAAAUUUUAAAAUUAAUUUUCCAAAUUUGUAACAGAAAUAACAUGCAAAACACACUAAAGAAAACACAUUACAAUACAAAAAAGAAAAAAAGACAAAUAAAAACACUUAUUACUUAUAACCUAAUUUAACUUUCAUUGUUAACUGACUUCCUCAAAUCCCCCCUAACUGAAUUUCAUUAUAUCACCUUGUAAAAGUUCUCCAAAAUCAUAUUUCUUAUAAAAUUAAAUCCUUCAAUUUACUACCCUCUUCUCUUUUAUUGGUAUUCUUAUCUUAAUUCUUUACAAUUCAUUCUUAAUCUAAUCCUAAGCCUAUUUGAUACUGCCAAGUGAUUUCUAAUUAUAUUAUAUUACAAUAUUUGGCUAAAUAUUCUUUGAAUUUCUUCCAAUCUUCUUGAUAUUCCUCUACUUUCUGGUCGCAGAUUCUUCCAGUCAGGUCAGCCAGCUCCAAAAAGUCCACCAUCUUCAUCUGCCAUUCUUCUAUUGUUGGUAUCUCUUGCGAUUUCCAAUUUCUGGCUAGUAAAAGUCUUGCUGCUGUAAUGACAUACAAAAACAAUCUAACAUCUUUUUGGGCAUAAAAAACAAGUUUCUUAAUUCCCUCCUAACUCCUCAGACACUUGUCCUUCCCUUCACUGGUCUUAACCACAUUUUCCUUUUGCCCCGUGUUUCCUAGACACAGGUCCGUGCUUUAAAGCUCUGUGUCUGUGUGCUCCCCCCCCCCUUCUUCCUCUUUUUUGCCCUGGUUCUUUCCACACACACAAAAAUGUUCCUAAUUCUGAAUUGGAACAAAAGGCAAUUUGGGUUUUCAGAGGAUUGACGUUUGCUCGCAGUAAAGAGCAGGUUUUCAUGGGGAAAGUGCUGAGGGAAAAGAAAAAGUGCUUAGACAGAGUGCUAUAAAGCACAGGCCAGUGCCUAGAAACAUGGCAAGAAAGGAAGUCUAGAUGAGCCCAUGGUUACCUUGUUGUUGUUGUUGUUGUUGUUGUUGUUGUUUAGUCGUUUAGUUGUGUCCGAUUCUUCAUGAUCCCAUGGACCAGAGCACGCCAGGCACUCCUGUCUUCCACUGCCUCCCGCAGUUUGGUCAAACUCAUGCUGGUAGCUUCGAGAACACUGUCCAACCAUCUCGUCCUCUGUCGUCCCCUUCUCCUUGUGCCCUCCAUCUUUCCCAACAUCAGGGUCUUUUCCAGGGAGUCUUCUUCUCAUGAGGUGGCCAAAGUAUUGGAGCCUCAGCUUCAGGAUCUGUCCCUCCAGUGAGCACUCAGGGCUGAUUUCCUUCAGAAUGGAUAGGUUUGAUCUUCUUGCAGUCCAUGGGACUCUCAAGAGUCUCCUCCAGCACCAUAAUUCAAAAGCAUCAAUUCUUCGGCGAUCAGCCUUCUCUAUGGUCCAGCUUUCACUUCCAUACAUCACUACUGGGAAAACCAUAGCUUUAACUAUACGGACCUUUGUUGGCAAGGUGAUGUCUCUGCUUUUUAAGAUGCUGUCUAGGUUUGUCAUCGCUUUUCUCCCAAGAAGCAGGCAUCUUUUAAUUUUGUGGCUGCUGUCACCAUCUGCAGAAGUGGGUAUAUCUUUCUCUUUUCAUCCUAUGUAAUUUUUGCAUGUUUUUACUCAUAGUUCCAUUCAUUCACACACAAGGGCAGCGGGUGGCACCGUGGUCUAAACCACUAAGCCUGGGCUUGCCAGUCGGAAGGUUGGCAAUUCGAAUCUGUGAGCUCCCAUUGCUCUGUCCCAGCUCCUGCCAACCUAGCAGUUUGAAAGCACACCAGUGCAAGUAGAUAAAAAGGUACCGCUGUGGCAGGAAGGUAAAUGGCGUUUCUGUGUGCUCUGGUUUCCGUCACGGUGCUCCAUUGCGCCAGAAGCAGUUUAGUCAUGCUGGCCACAUGACCUGGAAAGCUGUCUGUGGACAAACACCGGCUCCCUUGGCCUGAAGCGAAAUAAGUGCCACACCCCAUAAUGUUGAGGUUCAGGGAAUCCUAUCCCUCCCCCGGGCGCAGCCAAAAAAGCAGAUAAAUAAGAAGAGUUCUUACCACACAAUUUAUACAGUAUUCACAGAGAGAGACAAAGGAAUGUAGUCCCUAUUCAGUAAUGACAUUACUCCAAGUAAAGCCCAGCCCCCUCCAUCUCUUUUAUCCUCCGUCAUCCAUGCGCCAGCUGAUCUGGGCUUUCUGCCUCUGAGCUUUCUGUCCUACUCUCCUAGUCCUGGGAGAGGGGGGCUCAGGAAUGCUGUCCAAAGACACCAAGUCUGUCAGCUGUCUCUCCCCUAGUGUUUCUUCCUCCUGCUGUUCCUCUCCCAAUAUUUCCCAGCUUUCCCCCUCUGCAGUCUCUGAACUAUGCCCUUCUGCAAACCACUGUUCUAAAUCUAUACAGUCCUCCUGUUCUUGGGAAGGUUCAGGAGAAGGGGCGCCCAGUCCCCAUCAUUCCUCCUCAGUCCAGCCUGACACAUAGUCACCUUUGACUGGACUUAACCAUACCUUUUACCUUACCAUUCCCACAUAACUUUGUACUUUGUAAUCAAAAUUCUUAGGUAAUUUUGUAUUUUAAUAUGCAUAUUUUCUCUUGAAAUAUCUUUUUCAAUGGAGGUGGGUGUUAUACAUUUGCUGAGCGCUGUGUAAUAACAUUUAGAGGAGCAUAAAGUCUGUGGUAUAGCUAAGUUCUGAUCCAAAGCUUCUGAAAGGUCCAGGUCAGGACAUUUCACAGAAGAUUUUGCAAAGAGCUAAUUCAGCCCAGCAGUGGUGGCUGCUAUGGUGAUGGGAGACAGACUCCAGUAUUUUUAGAAGUGCUAAGGUAGGAGCAUGUAAUCUGAGACAGGACCCCUUACAUAUCACAGAGGAUACUUCAAUGCGGUUUCUGGAUAUAUAGUGAAGAUUUUAGUUCCACCACACAUGCAUUCUAAUAGCACAUCUGCUUGCACAAAGAUUUGUCAUCACGAAUAUUCUGGGACAAGAGAUCAUUCAAAUAAAGAGCGCAGGAUGACACUAAAGAAGGUGCUUUGACCAAUCACGAAAAAGAGAACAGUAAAGUUUUUAAAAUCAAUUUUAAUAAGAUGUUCUUAUGAACACACACAUCCCGCUAAUUAAACAAAGUAAAAUCGUUUUGUGACUGGAUAGCAGCCCAUUUCACUUUGAACCAAUGCAGCCCCUCUCCCACUUCUACCUUGUCUGCCGGACUUGUGCAAAUGCAUUGGUUUUCCAGGAACGCCCUGGAACUGAAAAACACCCACCUAGCUGUGAUGGCAGCAUGCACCUAAAAGCAUGAAUAUUUGCCUACUUUACUGUAAGCCAGGUAGCCUCAGGACUGUAAGCCAGGUAGCCUCAGGACAGAUUGUUUAUUUCACUGCAGUCAUCUCCAUCUUGCAAGGCUACAUAUUUGAGUUCACUUGUGGCCUAGACUUCCUUCCUCUGCUAGGUCCUCUGUAAUAUUUCAUGCAAAAGGGUAUGUGCAUAUAUGUGCCGUUUCUUCUCCAGCCAGAAUGACUCACUUGUAAAGUUAAGUCACUCAUUCCGGCAAGAGUUUUUCUGCUUGAUCAUCAUUUCUGAACGCAGUAGAGACAGAAGCCAUGAUGUUGGGAUCCUAUCCAAGUCACAGUUGCCUCUGGGUUUCCUUGUCCUUCCACAGCCAACAGCUCCCCAACCUUUUCUACAGAGGCACAGCCAGGCAUGCAUGAGGUAGCCAAUAGCUUGGUUCCAGUUUGUUGAUGACACAGGGUUUGGGGAGACUGCAUAGCCUAGGAGACAAGCAGAGUUUUGUUUUGUUUUGGCUUUUAAAAACACCUCCAUUUCCGCACACAGUCUGUUUCUCCGACAGUAAAUGUAGAAAAUCUUCAGACAGGUGAGAAGGCAGCGAGUGAGGGCAGCAUGGGAAUAGCUCAGAAUUUGUUUUAAUCUUUCUAACAUUUUGAAUCUUCAAGAGUUUAAUCUUUCACGAGUUUUGAAAGUUAUUUAUGGUAUUAUAUUUUAAGAUGGACAUAGUUUUGAAAAGAUAAGCAAGAAGCUAAAAUAGGAUUUACAGCUGCCAUCUGUGAGAAACUCAGUUUGAUCUGAUGAAGCACAAAACAGGAUGCAAUCCAGGAAACCUCGUUGAAAGUGCUUGCAGAAAUUGUUGUCGUUGUUGCAAUUGUUACAUAACAGUGGCCAUCACUUAUAAUUGCAUAUAUGUGUUCAUUUUACAUUGUGAAAGUUUGUCAACUUAUCAGUCACUUUCAUUCUGUUUUCAUUGUUUUUGGAGUUCCUCUGAUUUUGUCUCGGGUGCCUUUUUCCUCCCAAAAACCCAUAACUGCAGACUGCCCACUAAAAAUCAGCAGAGUGUGUGUGUGUGUGUGUGUGUGUGUGUGUGUAUGAGACAUAUUUAAAGGUGUUGAGGGGUGGAGCCUACCUAAUAUCACACAGAAUGGAGUUCUGUAAAUCUGGGGCCAACACCAAAAAGGUAAACAUAUAUAACAACAACAACUGGAGUCUUGUCUUUACAAAGUUUCACACAAAACUUUUCCAUAGCAAUUGUUGGCUUUAGCGGCAGACUAUGUAACUUUCACAUGGAUCAUAGUGGGAUCAGCUCUAUAAGAAAUAUUUAUCAUUAAGAAUGGAAGAAGCAACCCUUUCCUAAAUUAUUUUGCAGUUUCCCCGUGAACCUGAAUAAAUGUAAUGUUUGCACCAAGUUCCAAAAAACCACAGAAUGGCCCCAAUCAGUGACCUCUUAGAGUCGUACCUUGGUUGUCAAACGGAAUCUGUUCCGGAAGUCUGUUCAACUUCCGAAAAAGUUCGACAACUAAGGCGUGGCUUCCGAUUGGCUGCAGGAGCUUCCUUCAGCCAAUCGGAAGCUGCAUAAGCAGUGUUGGACGUUUGGCUUCCAAAGAAUGUUCGCAAACCAGAACUCUCACUUCCAGGUUUGUGGCGUUUGGGAGCCAGAACGUUCGACUCACAAGGCGUUUGGGAUCCAAGGUAUGACUGUAUUCCCUUGUUCAGUCCUCCUACAACUGUGGUGUUGGAGACUGCAUUGUUCCCUGGGUGUCUGCAGUGAUUCCCCGGAGCUCUGAAAACCAUGACCACUGUUUUGAGUAUAGAUUCUCCUACAGAGUCCUUGUUCUUUAGUUAACUCAUUCUUCUCCAUACUCUGUUUCCCUUCUGCAUCAGGAACUUUUGAAAGUUCAUCGGUGCUUUCUCGUGGAUCUGAAGAGCGCCCUAUCUUUUAGCAACUCUCAGAACCUCUACCAGGUGUUCAUCAAGUACAAGGAGAGGUGAGUCCCCCUCCCAGCAUGAUUGCGUGUGUCCGAUAAUAUUGUGGCCUCAGGCAGAACCCUGGUUAAAGGUAAGUCCUGGAUUCUUCAACCUAAACCCAUGCAGCACCUCCCCUGAACAAUGUUUGGAUGCAGUUCAUGCCCAGGUGAAGGGGAAGAGGUUGAGGAGGAGGAAUGGUGGAGAUCGCCCAACCCCUUCUCCUGAAGCUUCCAGAGAAGAAGAAGGCAGUGUUGAAUUACAGCAGUGGUUUGAGGAAGGUCACAGCUCAGAGACUGGUGAACAGAAGAGUUGGGAGGUGUUGGGAGAAGAGAAGGGGGAGACAGAGACAGACACGUUAUCACUGGAGAGUAUUUCUGACCCCCCUUCUUCCAGAACGCGGCGUUCAUUGAGGGUGCAAGAGCAAAGGACUCAAGAGACAAUUAUCCCCAAGCGGCCACCAUAAGGGGAACUGCAGUUGCUAGGAAGGGAAGGGGGAGGAGCUCAGUUGGAGCAACGCCAUUAACGGGAGACAAACUGCAUUCCUGGUCUCUCGCCGUGUUGAUUGAAUAAACUCAUUAGUAAGAACUCUUCCUUGUUUUUCUCUGCUUCUUGCUGCCACCAGGGGAGGGAUAGACUUCCCCGAAGCCUGACACCAGGUGUCUGUCCAAAGCUCACUGGACCUCCAUUCACACCAGCUUCUUCUGCUUGCCUGCAGGUUCUUGCUCUAUGGUCGGUACUGCAGCCAGGUGGAAUCCGCCACAAAGCACUUAGACCAGGUGGCCAAUACCAGUGUGGAUGUACGCAUGAGACUGGAGGUGUGGAAACUGCUCUUUGACAUUCAUGUGCUGGACUCCCACCAUAUACCAGCUUGCUGCUAAACUUUCUUAUCCAUGGAUCCCAGCAGUAGAGAUUUCUGUUUUCCUCAGCCUGUUCCAAUUGUAUUAUGAUGUGAUGUAUUCUGUGUUUGGGACCUCACGUUAUAGGACACAUGCCACAACUGGGCAGCGCAAUGGUAUUAAAAUGUAGUGCUGUAAAUCACCCGGCUUAAAACUGAAACCCUAAUAAUAAAACAGCCAAUCCAAUCCAGGGCAGAGUUAGGCACAGGGGCACCAACUAUAGGGGGGCCCGAGCACCCAUAAAAAUUUCGUUGCGGGUGCUCAGCACCCACAUUGCAGUGCCCCCGCCUCAACUUCCAGUGCCUCAAAAAGCACCGGAAGUGAUGUCUGAGUCCUCAGAGAUGCUGUCCAAAGCCUUGCAAGACCUCAGAACCUGACUUCUGGUGCCAUCAUGGUGUCGCAACAUGACAUCAUGACGAUGUCACAACGUGACAUCAUGAUUAUGUCACGGCAUGUCAUCAUGGUGCAACCUGGGGCCACAGUCGGUACCCCUGGUUAAGUACACCUAAGCCCAUUGGUUUCAGUAGUUCUAGGUGCUCCUAGCUUUGCAAUGGAUGAAAACAAAAGUUUUAUGCAAUGACAAUAUCUACGUUUUAACAUUUGAUUUGCUAUGGUAGCAAACUGGAAGCUGGGCUCUAGACCAUUCUUUGUAAGCCACAUUUAACCUAUUGAACUGAAAAGCAGACCUCCUAAAAUCAGUGGCUUGUUACGGAUGCUGGCUGUUGACCCCUUGCUAAAGAAAAGGCCUGCAAGUGAGUACAGAUGUUAAGAAGGCAUCUUUUUCUGUUCCACCCCAUGUUUGUCACACUCAGUGCAGUUUCUGUCCUGCCUCCCCUCAUCUUUUUUUUUUUUAAUAAUCUUUAUUGCUUUUAAAACUUACAAGAAAAGAAGAAAGAAGAAAAUAGGCGAAAGAAAAAGACAAAAUAGAGCAGAGAAGGGGAAAAAACAAUACAAUACAAAACACAACCUUAACACACUAAACUAAACAAAGCAAAAGAACAACAAUUUAAAAACAUAUAUCAUACCAUUUCAUUACUCUAUCUUUCAUUCCCUUAUUUCAUCGACCUCCUCUCACCUCCCUUUUUGUAUUCCACUUCUAUUACUUGUUUCAGCAAUUCCUUUCCAUCUUUCUCUAUUUUUAUCAUUAUGAAUAUCUUAACAUAUUUUGUACCUUAUUUUCCAUUAAUACUGAAAUACUUAUUUAUACCUAACUCCUUAUAACAUUUCUGCUAAAGCCAUAAAAUUUCAUUCCAACAAUUUUCUAACACUCAUUAAAUUUACAAUAUUUCUAUAUAUAAACUUUAAACUUUCCCAAUCUUCUACCACCAUCUCUUCUCCCUGGUCUCGGAUUCUGCCAGUCAUUUCCGUCCAUUCCAUAUAGUUCAUCAACCUGGAGAUCUUCUGUCCGAGGCUCUUAAAUCUUUUCCAAGUCCCUUCUGCAGUUUUUCUUCAUAUUCUUUGAUGCUGAGGGUGCCUCCCCUCAUCUUCUGCCAAAACUACAUUGUACAUCCCACUGUCCACUGUGACAAAAUUGAGACUUCCGUAAUUUAUGUGAAUUACGUUUUCAUUUCAUUAUUCCACCCCACUCAUUUCAAUGUAAAGGAAACACAAUGCUAAUAAGGGCCAGGAGGGGAGAAGUGAUCUGCUUUGACAGUUCGUGGACUGAAGCAACAACAGUGAAUACCAAUUGCAUGGUUUUCCACUCCGGGACAGAAAAGCCAUUUCCGCUCCAUUCCCAUCUUUCUCAGAAUCCUCCGUCCACUCUAGUAGCAGGUCGGCCAGGAUUUAAGAACACCAAAAAUUUAAAUGGACAUUGACAGUGAAGUAAACCCUUCAGGUAACACUUUUGAGUGGAAAGGGGCAAGGAAAUUGCUUAGGGUUUGUCUACACUUCAGUUUGUCCUGUUUCUUUCCCCCGGGGCUUUCUGCAGAUGGACAUGUGUUCCAAUUAAGUGCUAAAAAGUGGGUUUUCCUGGGGAAAGCAAUGGAACAAGCCGAAAACCUCUCAGACGCCUGCUUAAUAGAGACAAGCAUAAGUGUGGAUGAGCCCUAAGUCACAUUCAGCAGUUUGAAUGUGAAAGAGAGAGAUGGAAAUUCCCAGGUGUCAAAAAAGGUUAUUUAUGUACGGCGGCCCGUUUUUUGUUAACCCCAAAAUGGAAAAUGAGUGAGGUCCCAACCAAAGAAGAAUGGCAGCUUAAACUGUUGGAAUAUGUGCAGCUUGCUGAUCUAACUUAUAGAACAAGAGAACAAGAAGAAAAUUUGUUUGAAGAAGAUUGGGAAAUGUUUAUUGAAUAUAUGGGGGGUAAUUGUGUGCACUUGAAAACAUUGGCAGCAUUAUGAUAAAUUCAACAGUGUCAAUAAGUUUUGAUGGAAGUAACAUUGGAUUACUGAAUGGUUUAGUUUAUAUAAAAUAUGCAGGGAUUUAUGCUAUGCAAAAUGAAGCAUGGAAAGAGAAGAAGGGAAGUCAUUGAUAUUUUAAGGUUGUCUAAAUGAAUUUUCUAAAUUGUAAAACAAUAUAUAUAUAUAUAUAUAUAUAUAUAUGAGAAAAAGAGAGAGCUAGAUUUACCGUAGCUGAACCUGGGAUCCCACUUUCAGAGGCACAUAACUCACCCUCUGGGCAUUCGGUGUAGGAUGAAUCGAUCCCAGUUUUUAGGAAUCUCCUUAUUUCCAAUAGUCUGCUUGUAUAUAUGUAAACAAAGCAAGCGUUACGGACAGUGCUGUUUUUCUAGAACUUUGCUCCAAUUUUCUGCCUUUUAGGAAUGUUCGCAACGAGCCAAUAAUGGCCGGUUUAGCCUGAGAGACCUCCUCAUGGUACCCAUGCAACGGGUACUGAAAUAUCAUCUGCUUCUGCAGGUAACAAACAUUGAUCAGAUUAUGUAACGCCAGGGAGAAGAAAAAGGAAGGGGAGUAUUGCUCUGAAAAUAUAUGGCUCUAUUGUCUUCUGUGCAGCCUCCAUUCAUUUUGACCAAGUUCAUGCUGGAUAAAUUCCAGUUAGAGUGAGCCAGUUCUUGGGUUCUUUCUGCCUCUAGAUCAGGAAGGUGGUUAAAGCAUAGUGAGUGAAAUAAGGCAAGCUGGGAGCCAAGAACCCUAUUGUUUGUUUGUUUAGGCAAGACAUCCCCAUCUCUGGGACUCCUAUUUAUAAGCUCCUACCGUAGGAAAAGUGAGAGUCCUGGAAUGUGAGCUUCCUCUUUGUGGUGGUGUAAUUCGAAAUUCUGCACUGGACUCAGCAACUCUUUACUGGCAAAAAGUAUUGGUUUCAGCUCUCAGUGAUGCUGACAUACAAAUGUUAGCAUGUAGUGAAGAUUACUUUGGCUAUUUUAUCUCCCAAAUGCAGAAGUUUGCUCAUUUUUCUCUGCCUCCUCCCUCCCGCCAGGAGCUGACCAAAUACACAGUGGACCCAACAGAAAAGGAGAAUCUGCGGCUUGCGCUAGAUGCUAUGCGGGUGAGACAUAUUCUAGGGCUAGGCAGAUUCUAGGGAAUGUAUCGUGUUUGCAGCCUUGGAAUUUCUGGGGUCCCGUGACAAAGGGAGGCUGUACACCCAUCUAGGCCACCUGAGGAUAUUUGCUUGUGUAUCUGUCAGUUGGGUGGGGGAGUGGUUCUGGCAAAUCAGCUGGGUGGGACUUCAGGGACUUCCAUGGCCAUAAUCUGAAUUCUAGGAGAAAGUCUUUCUCAGCCCUGAUGCUUGAGAUAGAAUUUGAAAUGUUGAGCAUUAAAGCUGAGUAUUUUUCUUUUUAUUUUAUCUGCAUACAAAGCAUGUACUAGUGCAGGUCUCUUAUUCCAUCUCUUAUUCUGGUUUAUAGCAAGCAACAGAAGAUGGUGGAACCUAGACCUGGUGGGGCACCUAGGGGGUCACAUGUGGGGUGCCUGGCUUCCCAAACUCCUCCCGUGUAAUGUUGUUGUAGUACUAAGUCAACCACUCUGCGGCUUGUUUCCCAGUUCAAUUAAGGGAGGUUCUCAGUGCAACUUACUCUCAUGUAAAUGGACAGAAGACUGCAGGCAGCAUACAUCACUCACUAAAAUCAACAAAAGCCACAAUAAAAAAUAUUGGAGAUGUAAAUCACAAGUAGGAACCAUCUUUCAUAUGUGGUGGUCGUGCCCAGGAAUUAAACAGUUCUGGGGCACGAUCUACAAAGAAAUGAAAAAACUAUUAAAAUUCACAUUUCCCAAAGAAACCUUCUUGGGAUUUUAACCAACGAUAUCCCAAAAGAAAGAACAAGAUUAUUUCUAUAUGCAGCUAGGGUACUGGUAGCCAAGUGCUGGAAAAGUGAACAGAUCCCUACUAGAGAAGAAUGGGAAUUAAAGUUAAACGGGUACUUGGAACUUGCAAAAAUGACGAAUCAUUAAGGAAUAAACCAAUCGAUGUAGUCCAAAAGGAGUGGGAAUGCUUUAACACUUACCUAAUGAGACAAGGUUCAACAAGCAAAAUUUGGUUGUUGCUAGAAUAAAUCCAUAAAUAGAAAAAAUGUUUCCUUAUACCAAGAUGAGGACAUGAAUUGAAAUACAGGAAGAAACCGUAUCAGAUAGAUAGAAUGAAUCGUGGUGAAGUAGAUGGUAGUCAAAAAUAAAUAGAAUAACAAAAGAGAUCUAUUCCAAAAGGGAAAGUACUUUGAGAAUUGAUGCUUUGGGAUAGUAUUGUAUAGUUAAUUUCAUUUCAUUUUUGUUCAUGAUUUUAUUUUUGGUUUUUUGUUUGUUUUUUCCUCUUGUUUUUUUUCCCUUUGCUUUGUUUCUUUGUUUUCUGUAGAUUUGUUUGUUAUGUCUAGUCUUGUUUGUAUUUGAACAAAACUCAAUAAAAAAUGGGGGGGGGAUUAUAGCAAUUACCCCAGUGUCAUACAGUUAGCUUCAUGGCUGAGUAAAGUUUUGAAUCCGGGUCUGCCAGGCCCUAACCCAAUAGCCUUACCAUUAAACCUGUAUACAGAGUACCUCUAUAAAUUACAAUGCAAUAUAAAUUACCCCAGUAUACUUUUAUUUCUUGGAGCUCUUUCAGUCAUUGAUGCACAUGAGGGGGAAGAAUUGCAGUGGCGCUGGAAUGAGGGAGUAGGACGGGUGAGGGAACUUUGGGGUGGUGAUGGCAGCAACCUGCAGGUGUGGCCUACCUGCUGCAAGGUGGCGUCACCACAACAGACAUCUUGCUUCUUUCUGCGUAUGUUCUCAUUUACUGUAUAUUUUAAUCUCCUGAAGCUUGCUUACUUGCAUGUUAGACCCAUGGAAUACAAUGGGACUUACUCCCAGGUAAAUGUGCAUAGGUUUUCAGGCCCAAUGUAGACUUGUCUGCGGGUUCCAACCAACUGGAAAACCUUGACAGGGGUUCCUGAUGUCUUUAAAAUACUAAAAUUAGUGGAGGACAGACUUCAGGAUUGUGAGUCUGGGAUCUACCUUGUGUUUUACCAGAAUCCCAAGAGCCACCAACUACAGAUAUACAUUUAGGGUUCAUCCACACUUCUGCUUCUGCCAUGCCUAGAAAGAACAGGGCUCAUCAGUUUUUCACUUGACCCACACUUUCUCAAUACAGAUCUGAACUGUUUUCCCCUACCACUCCUUUACAAAGGAAAACCUGUUCUUUAGUGAUCAAUUGAAACAAAUGGCAAUGCAGGGAAAACUCAAAUUGCUGUUUGCUCUGAUUGAAUGCUAAAGAAUGAUUUUCUCCGAGGGGAAGCAGUGGGACAAGAGGAAUUCUGGAUAAGACCUUAGUAUGAAAAAACAUGGGAAACUGAGAAGAGCUUACAAUCUUCCCACACAGGGUUUUAUUUAUAGUUUCUGCAAGCUUUCUUAAAUUCAGUUGUCACAUUUCCAAAAGGUGUGUGCCAUUUGGUAUUGUGAAACAAGCGGAAGUCAGAAAUUCUUGACAAUUGACUAAAAUCUUCCAGAGACCUACCGAUAGAUUCCAGUUUAUCUCCUGCCCUGCACCAAACCAUUUGUAUGAACACACCUUACAGGGUUGUGAGUACUUACAAGAAUAAAACUAUGAUGAAAGGUAUGACUCCUCAGAACAUUGCCUAAAGGGGUUUGUUGCAUUGUUGUUGUUGUUUAACUCUCACUUACCUCUUUGAUCUUUGGCAAGUACUCCAACCGAUCAUUUCUUUUCGAAUAUCGGAUCUCAUUCAUUAUUUCCUGCAUUAGGAUCUGGCUCAAUGUGUGAAUGAAGUCAAGAGGGACAAUGAAACACUGAAACAAAUCACUAAUUUCCAGCUCUCCAUUGAGAACUUGGUGAGUGUUGCGGCAAGAGAUUUUGCCAACCUUCUCUUGUUUUUGAUAAGGUCUUUCGACUCCAGCAGGUAUCUUCAUAUCCAUUGAAAAAUAUAAAUUUGUACUUUGUUGAUUUUCAGUUACAAAUAAAUUAGAUAAAAUAAAAAGGAGAAAAGAAAGAGAAAUAAUACUAUCAACAAUCAUAUCCCAUUCUUAUCUUGAUUAUUGGAAUUCCUUUUGUUCCCACUUUUGCAAAGCUGCCAUUCUAACAGCUUUAAGUAAACAAAUAAAAAAUUAUUCCUGCUAAUGCCCCGUUCUCCCUGUUUGCUGCCAGAACUCUCUCGCCCCCCUCCAAAAAAAAUAAUAUGUGUAAUAUGUCUUCUCCUAUGCUCCUACCAUCUCCAAAAUUUGUAAUCUUAUCAGGGACAUAUAUAGUUUUGGAAUGAACUACUGUUUGAACAAAAGAUUGUAAAAGCUUUCCUUAAUAUGAAGGCAUAUAAUUCUUAAAGGAACUGCCUUCCAUAUCCAUAUCCAGCAUCUGCCUUUGGAGGAUCAUCAGGUCUUGCAAAGUGCUUGCAUGGGAUUUUCCAAGCUUUAAGAAUCAGCUGAUGAACUGAUGGUUGGCUCUUGUGGAGUGCUAUGCUCUGGGCUUGGCAAGACACAUGCUAUGCAGGUUGUGACUUUGCCCACAAGGUUUAGUUUCAAACAAUGCAGGCGAAAAUAGGUCACUUGAUGGCUCCAUCCACCUGUCGAAGUUACCUGGCAAGGGUGGGGGAGAUAACAGUUUGGUCCAGUCCUAAAUAAGCAUCUUCUGAAUGCAGCCAGUUGAUCUCCUGUAAAGGAACACGUUCUCCUUCUCCCUAGACACAAUCCCUGGCUCACUUUGGGAGGCCGAAGAUUGACGGGGAGCUCAAGAUCAUCAGCGGGGAGAAGCGCUCAAAAAUAGACAGGUGAUGGCAUGCACAUCCUUUAGAGAAGAGGUUCUCAAACUCUGGUCUGUUGGACACUGGUUGUCUAUGAGCUUCAUUCAGGUGGUCCAUGGAAAAGUUUAAUGAGUAUCUGUACUUGGCCCUGUACUUGGUUUGGUCUUUUAUUUUCCAGCAGUGGAAACAGAGGCUGUUCUGAACAGGGCCAGAUUAUCAAACAGGCCAGCAAGGUCCUGGCCUUGGGUUGGUGCUUUUUUUCAUGAUAUGGCUGUGGUGUAGUCUGCUAAUAUUUCCCUAGGAAUUUAUCAGUUAGACACUUCUUGGUUUGCCUAGUGUGGGGCCCAGGAUUUUCAUAACACAGAACAGGUUUUAAAUAGGAUGUCAGCACUGAAGAAAAGACAAUAUUAAGUGGUUGGAUAAGACCCCUAGCAAACUUCAAGAUCUUUUUUUCACCCCACAGCUUUCCCCAUGAAAACCUGCUCUUUAAACACAACAAACCUGCUCUGAAGCGCAACAAACAGCAAUUUGGAUUUUUCUGUGGAUUGCUGUUUGCUCCAAUUCAGUGUUAAAUGGCAGGUUUUCGCGAGGAAAGCUCUGGAACAAACGAAAUAUUGCUCAGACACAGGACUUUAAAGCACAGACAGCCUGGUAAGUGUGGAGGAAAAAUAAGUGUGGAUAAGCCCUUUGUUGAAGCAGCCCAACGUUUUCUUGGCCCACAAACUCCCUCAUUGUACAUGGUUUGGUUUUUGCAACUACUUUCACAUUCACUGUCUGCUGCUGUUUCCUCGUGUGAGCUAUGUCCAGCUUCAGCAUGCACCGAGAUGCAUGUCUGCAUUCACCCAUAAUUAUAAUAGUUCAUCUCAUUUGUGGUUUUCAAUGGCAGAUUUAUCGGUGGCAUCCUAGUCUUAAGUGCUCCAGCAGAGACGACAUUCAGUGCACAGUAGAGCCAGAGGUUUCCCUCAUAGAGAAAACUGCAGCUUUGGAUAGCACCCAAAAAUAUUACCAAGGGAAGCCUAAACAAAGCAAGGUUGUUUGUUAACUGCAUUCAGUGCAGGAGACUGCAUAAUAAGAUUAUAAAAUGCAUGCUUUUUAUGGGCUCUUCCACACUUCCUCUUGUUGCACCGCUUUCCUCCAGGGAAAAUUCACUGUUUACAGAACAAAAGGAAAUUGGGGUUUUUUGCAGAUUGAGGUUUGUUCUGAUUCAGCGGUAAACAGUGGGUAUUUUCCUGGGGAAAGUGGCAGGGAAAACAUAAAACCACUCAGCCCCCUUGCCUAGAAAGCAUGGAACGAGUGGGAAACCUAUUCGACAUGUGCUUUCUAUUUUCAAAAAAAUAUUUUUAUUAAGUUUACAUUUUAUAAUAUUUAAACACAUUGUUAUUGUACAUUUAACUUCUUUUGCUCUCAAGAGCUUAUCAACUCCCCUCCCUCCCACUUGUUGGUUUUCAAAGUUAAUCUUUAUAUCAUAGCAUUUAUACAUUUUCCAGUUUACACUUCACUCAUUCUGAAGGUCACAAUUUUAAAAUAAAUGUAAAAAGGUAAAACCAAUUAUCAUCAUAAGUCCUCUUACAAUCCUGCUAGUGUUGUUAAUUGCUUACAAUAGUCCUUCAAAUAUUGUAUAAAUUUACUCCAGUUUUUUUGGAAAGCUUGAUCGUGCUGGUUUCGGAUUUUCCCCGUCAGUUUCGCUAAUUCUGCAAAGUCCAUCAUCUUAAUCUGCCACUCUUCUUUUGUUGGUAUUUCUUUUUGUUUCCAUUUUUGGGCUAAAACAAUUCCUGCUGCAGUCGUUGCAUACAUAAAUAAUUUUUUAUCUCCCUUUGGUAUUUCAUCCCCCACUAUUCCUAGUAAAAAGGCUUCCAGUUUUUUAAGAAAAGUAUUUUUAUACAUUUUCUUCAACUCGUUAUAUAUCAUUUCCCAGUAAAUGAUGUAUAGGUGGUAUUCAACACCAACCAAACUUGCUAAAAUGUAUAGGACAAGAAAUAAAGAGUGUUGGAAAUGUAAAGAAAAGGAAGGGAAUUUUUAUUACAUGUGGUGGACCUGUAAGGAGAUAAAAGCUUACCUUUCUAGACAUGGGACAAACAGAAGUGGGGAUGAUACCUUUAUCUCACCCUUGUUGGAAUGUCUCAAGUUAAAACUGUCUUGCAGGUAUGCUUUUCUCCUGGACAAAGCCCUGCUAAUCUGCAAGCGGAAAGGAGAUUCAUACGAUAUGAAGAAAUUUGUCGAUCUGUCCAGCUACCAGAUCCGAGAUGACUCUUCUGUAGAGAAAGACAACAAGAAGGUAAUGUUUGGGUAUGCAUUUGGGGGCUGGGCUGGGGGGGGGGCUGAGAAGGGAAUGGGAGUUGUGGCCUUAAUUCAGCAGGCACCUCCACCCCAGAACAGAACUCUGUUCUUCCCAUUCUUCCCAAAUGGGACUAAGAGGGAACAAAGGAGUCCAUGUCAAUAAAUAUAGCCCAGCCAAGAUUUUAUGCUAAUCUGUUAUUCCCCUUUUCUUUCUUCUUGCCAGUGGACUCACAUGUUUGUCCUAAUCGAGCUUAAUGGUUCCUCGGGCUUCGAACUGUACUUUAAGACGCGGGAGUUGAAGAAGAAAUGGAUGGAACAAUUUGAAAUGGCCCUGUAGGUCUACUCUUCUACUCCUGCCCCUGUUGUAUGCUACCCUUUACAAUCCCAAGAGUGUUGCAGUCCGGCUGCAGAUCCAUUCUAGUCACUGGAACAUUUCCAUGACAGUACCAUGAUUCUGCAGCAUAAUAUUGACCAUAAUAUUACCAGAAAAAAUGUGCAAAAUUGGCAGAUUUGAUGUAAGAAUCUGAAUCUUUCUAAUGGGCUGGGAUGGACACCCAGGCUGGUGUUUUGUUGUGGGUGUUUUCUGCAACCUGUUCUUGACACAAUGAUGUCUUUAUUUUGUGUUGGCUCCAAACCAACAGUCCAUGAGCCCAUGAAUUUGAUGUAGCCACCAUUGUUGUAAGCUGCUGACUCCCUCUUUCUCAAUUUCUGGUGCAGCUCCAAUAUCUACCCUGAAAAUGCUACAGCGAAUAGACACGAGUUCCAGAUGUACUCCUUUGAGGACACCACCUCCUGCAAAGCCUGCCAGAUGCUGCUGAGGUACAUAUCCCAUCCCACUCUACCCAAGCCAUACAGGAGGGACAACAACCGUAUUGGCCCAAAUAUAAGCCACACUUUCCCCCCAAAUUCUGACAGUGAAAAGUGCGGCUUAUAUUCGCAACCUUACAAAAAUUGGCUUGGAGCGUACUUGUCCCCAGAUGUUGGCUGGUUUUGGCUGGGCCGGCUUCCAAGAUGGCGGCGUGAUGAGGGGGUUCCUGAGAGGGAGCCAGAAGGCGGCGAGGAGGAGGGAGGGAGGGAGGAGCGUGGAUGAGAGAGUAAGCAGGUCUGCAAGGAGGAGGAACAGGAGAUGCAGUUGGUGUGCUGGGACUGGCGCUAGUCCGAGGUGCUGCCUGGCUUUAGCCUGCUGAGGGGCGCAUAAGUCCCACCAGCAGCCGCCUCUCUCUGCCCAUCCUGUUGGGGGGCCAUGUGGUGCUGACCCUCUAGAACAGCGGUUCUCAACCUGUGCGUCCCCAGAUGUUGUUGGACUACAACUCCCAUCAUCCCUGAGCUCUGGCCUUGCUAGCUAGGGGUGAUGGGAAUUGUAGUUCAACAACAUCUGGGGACCCACGGGUUGAGAAAGGCUUCUCUAGAAGCACUGCUGCCUACCAUCACUGCCGCCGCCGCUGGAGUGAAGACACUGCCUCCUUGGCCCCCCUCAGCCCCCACUCCUCCUUGGGUAUUGUCUUUUUUCCCUUUUCCUCCCCAUUACUUUUAAAGGUGCAGCUUAUAUUCGGGCCAAUACAGUAUCUCUUUUGUUGCAUAGUAAUUUUUAUUUGGUUUUUCAAAUAACAAUUCAAAUUGCAUAUCCAUAUUUAGAGAUUUCUCCAAAUCUCUGGACUUCCCACCUUCCCCUCCAUGAGUCCUAUCAUACACCCUCUUAACUGCAUAUUUUUCCACAAUCCAUAUUUUGUAUCUUUCCAUCCUGUCCAUAAUAUUUGUUAUGUUACAAAUGUUAUUAAAAUCCUGCUAGUGUGUUCAUCUCUUUACAGUGAUCUCCUAGAUAAAUUAUAAAUUUUCCCCAUUCUUCAUUGAAGUUUAGGUCUUCUUGGUUCCUGAGUCUUCCAGUCAGUUUUGCCAUUUCGGCAUAGUCCAAUAGCUUGAUCUGGCAUUCCUUUCUGGUAGAAGGGACAACUAUCUUAAUAAUAUAGCUGCCAGUUUUAUGUGAUCCCACCUUUAGCAGUGAAAUUAAAUGCUUUUUUUAAAAAACAACAACAACACUUUAUUUAACAAUCAACAAUAACUUACACAACAAUUCACCAUUCAGUACAAUCUACCAUACCUAACAAUACAUGACAUUACAUUACAUUACACGACAUUACAAUACAAUACAGUACAUAUAUCAACAUUCAAAAUUUUUAUCUACCGGUAUAUCUAUUUUAAAUGCUGAUGGAGUUAUUAAUAUCAGGAUAGCCCAUGUAAAAGUUUUCUCACUGUGGAACAUGGAGAUUUGGAUCACAUCAGGCAUUAUUUGGAACCACAACCCCUGAGCUUUAGUGCAUAGCGGCAGGAAACCCUGUAAGACCUCAGGCUUGCAAGAUCUGCUUUGGUUUUUCUAUUUUAUUUUUUUUUAAUGAUAUUUAUUAAAGUUUCACAUAGAAAAAGACACAUCAAUAAGAAAAAAAAAUUAAAAUUAAGAAGAAAAAUACAGUAUACAAAAUACAGAAAAAAAAGAAAGAAAAAACAGUUAAAAACAAUUCCAUCUUUUCAUCACUGCUUUUGGAUUCACUGAUUUUCUGGACCUCCUCAUACCUCCCUCUUUUGUAUUCCAAUUCAGUUUGUUUGUCCAGCAAUUUCUUUCCCUCCUUUUUAAUCCCAAUCCUUGGUCUUAAUAUAAUAUAACAUUAAAUUCUUACCUAUUAAUAGCCAAUUUUCCAUUCUUUUAACCUUUUUAAUCCUAAUCCUUAAUCUUGAUCUAUAUAUAACUUUAAAGCCUGUACAGCUAGAAACCACUUAAUUUCAAUCCAUCAUCUCUCUAACAUUCUUUAAUUUUGCAAUAUUUCUGUAGGUAAUCUUUAAAUUUCUUCCAAUCCUCUUCCACCAACUCUUCUCCCUGGUCACGGAUUCUGCCAGUCAUUUCCGCCAAUUCCAUAUUGCUUUGGUUUUUCUAGAGCCCCAAGAUCCACCAAUCAGAGACUGGCACUUUGGACCCAGAAAUAUUUUUGGAGUGCUAGAACUGAACAGAGCUUAAAGUUCUCUCAAGCAGAAAAAUCCACUCAUACUUAUCGCCUCAAGCGUCCUUCAUUGUAGUCACAGGAGCCAGAUCCUAGGGGCCGAGUUCCCUUCGGCCCCCCAAUAAAAUAUUGGAGGGGGUCCAGCCCCUCCCAAAAUCAGUGGGCAUUGCUAUUCAAAAGGUGUGCAUGGAAUUGAUUAUGCGAGGCAGGGCUUACCUGCUCCACCUAUUUUAUUCAAGCUGGCACUCCUGAUUUCAGCAGUAUAAUUUAGGGUGGGGCUGUCAUUUUGUAGAAGAGAAGAAGAAGAGGAGUUUGGAUUUGAUAUCCCGCUUUAUCACUACCCAAAGGAGUCUCAAAGCGGCUAACAUUCUCCUUUCCCUUUCUUCCCCACAACAAACACUCUGUGAGGUGAGUGGGGCUGAGAGACUUCAAAGAAGUGUGACUAGCCCAAGGUCACCCAGCAGCUGCAUGUGGAGGAGCAGAGAUGCGAACCCGGUUUAGGAGAUUACCGCUCUUAACCACUACACCACACUGGCUCCAAAAAAAUAGGCUUCGUGAAGCCAAAAGGAAAACUGUACAAGAAAUCCUUUUUAACCACAUCAACUGAAUUAGGCAUACUUUUCUUCCGGUAAAAAAAGGACAAUAGAAACAAACAUUUUUUUUCCAUGAGCCUCUUGCGAGUUAAGAUGUGCAGAGUCUUUCUGGGAUACCAAGGUGGGUUGCCUUUUAAAGUCGUUUAAAGUCAUACCCAGGCUACAGUGCCUACCUUGCUACACUAAAAUUUGUUACAAAACGAUGCACUUGUUGAACAAUUGAGAGUCAGAAAACCUGAUCUACUGCAAAUUACCCAGAGAUCUGAUCUACCAGUAGAUCCACACCUAUCUUCUACCCAGCACUUAUGUAAGGCAACUAAGCAAGACUUUAUUAUACAUAAGCCCCCUCUCUCCUCUUUCCCAUCUUCACACAGAGGAACCUUCUAUCAGGGCUAUCGCUGCAGCAGAUGCCGGGCACCUGCUCACAAGGAAUGUCUGGGGCGGGUGUCACCGUGUGGAAAGUCCAGCUCAGGUAAAGGUAAGGUUUCAGACUCCUCUAAAUUGGUGGACGAGUCUCUAGAGCAGCCUUUCUCAACCUUGGGCCGGGUCCCCAGAUGCUGCUGGACUGCAGCUCCCGUCAUCCCUGACCACUGGUCCUGCUAGCUAGGGGGUAUGCAAAGAAUGAUUAUCGAUAAUGAAAUGGGAAACAAUAAGCUGGUGAUACACAGUUUUACCUUACUUUAAAAAGGGUGUGUGUGAAUCAGAGCGCCAUUCCUAUAGUAGGUAAGGUAAAGGUAAAGGGACCCCUGACCAUUAGGUCCAGUCGUGGCCGACUCUGGGGUUGCGGCGCUCAUCUCGCUUUAAUAAUAAUAAUAAUAUCUUUAUUGUCAUUGCCCCCUUCGGGGACAACGAAAUUACUUGACUGCUCCAUGAAAACACUAAUUAAACAAUACAGUAUAAUACAGCAAGGGAGAUUAGAUGACUUUCAAAGUCCGGGCUUCCCAUUCAGGGCCGAGAUCGCUUUCUCCGUCCCGACGGCAAGAGCUCGAAGAGACAGUGACCAGGAUGCGAUGGAUCUUUUACUAUGUCCAGUGCCUUCCUAUGGGACCUUGUGGCAUAAAUCUGCUCUAAGGUGGAGAGUGGGCAGCCAACAAUGCUCUCUGCUGCCUUAACAACCCUGCACAACCCCAUCCUGUCCUGGGUAGUACAGCUUCCGUACCACACACAUAAGCCAUAAGUAAGCACGCUCUCAAUGGCACAGUGAUAGAAGGCAAGCAGCAGUUUCUGCGGAAGAUGGUUUUUCCUUAGUAUUCUCAAAAAGUACAGUCUCUGCUGCGCCUUCUUCACAAGCCCCCUUGUGUUGACACUCCAGGACAGAUCCUCUUACUGGCCGAGGGAGCUGGCGUACAGCUUCCGGGUCAUGUGGCCAGCAUGACUAAGCCGCUUCUGGUGAACCAGAGCAGCACACGGAAAUGCCGUUUACCUUCCCGCCGGAGUGGUACCUAUUUAUCUCUCACUUUGACGUGCUUUCGAACUGCUGGUUCGGCAGGAGCAGGGACUGAGCAACGGGAGCUCAUCCCAUCGCGGGGAUUCGAACCGCCAACCUUCUGAUUGGCAAGUCCUAGGCUGUGUGGUUUAACCCACAGCGCCACUCAUGUCCCUUCCUAUAGUAGGUGGUGAUAUACUAUUAUGUAUAUUCAUUUUAAGCUCUUCUCUCCAUGCCUAUUGUAAUCUUUCCUUAUUUUCUGUUUAAUGCAGAGUCUGGAUCUACCAUGAAAAAGGUAAAAGAAAAAGAAUAAAAGUUGGAGUUAAUAACAAUAAUAGGUGGGGUGGGGUGGAAGGACAUCUGCAAGAGAGCCUAGCAGGAAGCGGGGUUUAACGCUUACCCUAACAGCUCUCACCCUCUGCCUUUCUGCUCAGACCUCCCCUCCCCAAAAGAGUCCUAUUUUUAGCCUUGGGACCAAGUUUUGGAGGAGUGGGAAGGGCUUUUGCAGAGAAGAAUUGGCAGGAGGGAGGAAGCUAAACAGUCCCUUCUUCCUGCCAGUCCUCCCUUGCCCUUGUGCUCAUAAGACAAACAUGGGGCCCCAGGAACCUGUUUUUGCAGAGAAGUAUUGUGUGGUUCUGCCCAAAGGUUGCUUUUUUAAGCAGAAGCCAAUGGCAGCUGUCUUUACUUGGUGGCUGAAAGACACCACACUUGUUUCCUCCCGAAAGAGCCAAAUUAAGUGCAGGCAUGCACAGCAAAUAAUACCUAGAAAUUGAAAGAACUGGAAUUUUAGAACAAAAUUCUGGGUAUUUCCAGUUUUGGUUAAUGUGGAUAUGAAUUAUAAAAUAUAGAUGGUGUUGUGUUCUUUCCCAUUCAUCGCUCAGUUAGAGACAAGCAGUUAUCGAUUUGACUGGAUUGUUCAAUUCAUUUGUAAAUUGUUUGCAUGCUGCCGCUUUUGUCCCCAUAGCCACAGAGCCCUGACCCCCAAAAUAUCUCCUCCCUUUUCUCCUUGGCCCCCUUAUAUUCCUUCAGCCCUUGCCUCCUUUACUUCUCAACAUCAGGUCUUUUUGCUGCUCCCCUCCCCUGCUAUUUCCAUCCCCCCACUCCAUCCCCACCUCUUCAAACCCACUGCUUCGUAAAUCCUCUUCUCACUCAUCUUCCCAAUCCUCAGUCUGCUUAGCACCAAACCUUUCUGCUUGCUUCCACCAGCAUGUAGAUCCUUCUGUCUGUAUACUUUGUGUGAGUUUUUACUUUCUGAAAACUGACCCUUUACUGAGGGCUUGUCCACACUUCCACUAGUUCCAUGCCUAGAAAGCAUUUGGGGUCCAAUUGAUUUCCCCAUACUUUCAAGGCAUGAGUCUGAGCUGUUUUUCGUUCGCUCUGCCACUUUUCCUGGGAGAACCACAGAAAAACCGUUUGACGUUUGUUCCGAUUCAACAGUAACCAGCAGGUUUUCCUGGGGAGAAGCAGCAAGACAAGGGGAAGUGUGGAUGAGCCCUGUGAGGGAAGUUUGUCAGCAUGCAAUGGGCUGAACCUUUCUCCUCGUGAAUGUGAAUAAUUGUGAAUGUUCUGUGACAUCACAGCAACUCAGCCAAUGGUGUGGAAAUGGUUCAUAAUCCACAGUCAACCAAUUUUUAGCUUAAGAUGUGUACAUUGUGCAUAAUGAAUAAAAUACUCCAUACAGGUUGAAUAUGAUAUAUCCUUCCAGAAACUUGGAUGUGUACCUUGGUCAUUAUAAUUUUCUAUAUCCUGUUAACCUCUCACCUCAUUCCCGUUACCUGAACCAAAAUCCAUUUUUCUGUGCAGAAUAAAUCCAAUCGACAUACGCUGGAGAGCGAUAAAGCUGCUCUAGGUGAGUUGUAGUUACCUGAUAGCUCACUUUGUAUGUUUCCGCAAGGACACCAAUGAUGGCAGGUGACCGAUGAAGGAAUGAGGCUGGCAGCCCCCCAAGACUAGCAGCAGAGCAUCUGGAGAACUCACUGCUUGCAUUCACCUACAUGGCCCCACCCAUCACUUGGACACAGAAUAGUGUGGUUGUUCCUAGUUAUUUAAAAAGCUCACUCCCAUAGCAUGUGGUUGAAAUAAAAGCAAUAAUAAUAAUAAUAAUUUUAUUAGUCGUACUCAACCCAUCUGGCUGGGUUUCCCCAGCCACUCUGGGCAGCUUCCAGCAGAGUAUAAAAACAUAACAAAACAUCAAAUGUUAAAAGCUUCCUUAUACAGCGGUACCUCGGGUUACAAACGCUUCAGGUUAAAGAUGCUUCAGGUUACAGACUCUGCUAAGCCAGAAAUAGUACCUUGGGUUAAGAACUUUGCUUCAGGAUGAGAACAGAAAUUGUGCUGCGGAGGCACGGUAGCAGCAGGAGGCCCCAUUAGCUAAAAUGGUACCUCAGGUUAAGAACAGUUUCAGGUUAAGAAUGGACCUCCAGAACGAAUUAAGUUCUUAACCUGAGGUACCACUGUACAAGGCUGCCUUCAGAUGUCUUCUCAAAGUUGGGUAGUUCAUCUCUUUGACAGAGUGGGUGCCACUACCGAGAAGGCCCUCUGCCUGGUUCCCUGUAACUUCACUUCUUGCAGUGAGGAAACCACCAGAAGACCCUUGGAGUUGGACCUCAGUGUCAGGUCUGAAUGAUGGGGUGACGGGGUGUGAAGAUGCAAGGAAACUGAUUCGUCUAAUCACUGCAAUUCUCUUCUUUGCUCUUAAGGGCUGCCCAAAGUGGAGGUCUGCCAGGAGUAUUAUGGUGUUCCUCCACCUCCUGUGGCAUUUGGUCCACCACUGAAGCUCAAUGUGGGGGAUAUUGUGGAGCUAAACAGAGCUGGGGCCGAGCAGCUGUGGUGGCAGGUAGGCAUAGUCAACAUUGCUGUCCAACGGUAGCUCUUCGGUCUUGAGGUGACAUCAGGAUAACAUGGUGAUGAAUAACUGGGAUGAUGAAUGAGCUAUUGCAUAGGUAAAGGUAAAGGACCCCUGAGAGUUAAGUCCAGUCACGGACGACUCUGGGGUUGCAGUGCUCAUCUCGCUUUACAGGCCGAGGGAGCUGGCGUUUGUCUGCAGACAGCUUCCAGGUCGUGCAGCUAGCAUGACUAAGCCGCUUCUGGCGAAACCAGAGCAGCGCACAGAAACGCCGUUUACCUUCCCACCGGAGCGGUACCUAUUUAUUUACUUGCACUUGGACGUGCUUUCAAACCACUAGGUUGGCAGGAGCUGGGACCAAACAAUGGGAGCUCACCCCGUCGUGGGGAUUUGAACCGCUGACCUUCUGUUCGGCAAGCCCAAGAGGCUUAGUGAUUUAGACCACAGCGCCACCUGCAUCCCAUUGCAUGCCUUCUCAGAAUACAAAUAAAGGAACUACUGAAUCUUUUAAGUGCAAGUCUGCCAGUGUGAUUUGAAGAACCAAGGGGGAACAUAGGUAAAGGAUGAUGAACUCUUCUCCUUCCCUCACCCUCUUACUCCUUCAAUCUGCCUUGUUUGCCCACUGACGUGGCCUUUUAAAUGGCCCCUGUCCUAACAGGCAGCAGCAGAGGAGGAGUUCUGCUGCCAAUCAAAUUGCUGCCCAGAGCUCGGCAUUACUCUUGCAGGAGGAGUCUUUGCGGCCCACGCAGCAUGUCUUCCGAAGUUCAUGGACCAAUUUAGCAUUCAUCAGGCUACCUAUUCCCCCAGAAGAUCCUCUGCUCUUUCUCACAGUCUAGAGGUAGGCUAGUUCCAAGUCACUUAAAUGUGCUAAAUUUGGGACUGAAACUGAAAAGGGUGGCUUCUCGCUUCCAGUUCACAGCACACUUAGAUGCAAGGGCUAUUUUUUUGGCAGCAGUUUGCGAGGCAUUCUGUGAAGCAGGGGAAACUAUGGCAAAAAAAACCUCCAGGUCAUUUCAGGUCAAUGCUUGUAACCAACUUAAAGUCAACCACUAGAACAUUCCCCCCAUCAUCUAAAGUUCUUUUCAAAAAUGUUCAACUGCAGAUUGACCAUACUUUUCAUGAGUUCUUUGCUUUCGUUCAUUGUUUUCAGGGAAGGAACACAUCCAGCAAUGACAUUGGCUGGUUUCCUUGCAAGAAAGUGAAGCCUUAUGUCUGUGUAAGUAGCACAUAUCUGGGGGAGGUGAUUUCUUUGUGUGUUAGAGGAUUAUUGAAACUGGCGUGGUGUGUUGUAAACCAUUGGUCAUCACACACACACAAAAUAGAAUUAGGUUGAGGUACAGUUUAGCAUAAGUGGUUCCCAACACACUGGACACCACAGAAUCAUGGAAUUGUAGAGUUGGAAGGGAUCCCAAGGGUCAUCUAGUCCAACCCCCUGCAAUGCGUGUUUUGCAAUUUUUUUUUGUCUAAUCUGUUGGGCUCCUAGAGCAAACACAGAAAUCUUAUCAGCAAGUACUGUAAUGCAUUUUCUCCCUAUUAUUAAAAAAUGAAACUUUCUGAAUAAUUCCUUUGAAAAUGUUUUCCCUAGAAGAGGUAUACAGGGAGUAGUACAGUACAUAACAAACAAUAUAUUUCACUUCUCCCUGGCUGCAAAUACAUAAACAACAAUCAAUCAAUCAAUCAAUCAAUCAAUUAUUUGUACCCCGCCCACUCUGGGCAUCUUCCAACAAAGAUUAAAAAUACAUUAAAAUAUUACACAUUAAAAACUUCCCUGAACAGGGCUGCCUUCAGAUGUCUUCUAAAAGUCAAAUAGUUGUUUUUCUCUUUGACAUCUGGUGGGAGGGUGUUCCAUAGGGCAGGUGCCACUGCCAAGAAGGCCCUCUGCCUGGUUCCCUGUAGCUUUGCUUCUCGCAAUGAGGGAACCACCAGAAGGCUCUCGGCACUGGACCUCAGUGUCCAGGCAGAACAAUGGGGUUUUAACAAAUACUCCAGGGUCAUAGAUUUGUAGAGUUGGAAGGGACCCUGAGGGUCAUCUAGUCCAACCCCCUGCAAUGCGGGAAUCUUUGGCCCAACGUUGGACUCAGACCCAUGACCCUGAAAUUAAAAGUCCCAUGCUCUACCAACUAAGCUAUCCCUGCGUUUUCCCUCAUCUAAAUAUACUAUGGACAUGCUUUGAUAUAUCAAAGUUGUGAAUAACUUCCAUAUCAUAUCGGCAAAUAAUUCAAGGAAGUAAUCUGGAAGUCCAUAAUCAAAUUUCACAGAGUACUAAAAUGGUGAAGGCAACAAGAUGUGAUCUCCAACUAAACAAAAGUUUCCACUCUUUAUUUUUAAUACACUGCUUCGUAGCUACAGGUGUAUCUUCAGAACAUCAAGGAUUAGUCCAUACUUGUUUAAAAGGGUUUCACAUUUGUUAUCCCAAUUCCGAGAAAAUCUAUUGGAGAUUUCCUCCAAUUAGCAUUUUUAGGCAACUUUGCGUCUGGCAUAUGCUGUGAUUUCAGGCAAUACAGAAGCAGGGCGGUAUGAGCUGUGGACAAUAUAGAAAAGAACCCAACCUCAAAUCUCAUCUUGACAAUAGGAAUGCUACAUGGGAGAUUCAAGUAUGUGCUCUAUUGAGAUGUUGAAUGAGUGUUGGUGGAUGACAUAGAUAUUGCCAGUGCUUUUUUUCUGGGGGGACGCAUACCCUUAAACAUCACAGCUCCAACUAUGGGGGCAGCUAUGUUCCUCUGGGCCCUGGCUCUAUUCUCACUCACAGCUCCAGUCAUUUCAGACCCGUAAGAUGUUUAUUUUAUUUUUCAUUUCUAUUUCCUGGACAGAUUUUUAAGUGGGAUGUGAGUAUUCCUCUAAAUACCAGUUGCUGGGGAUCACAACUGGAGAAAAUGCUAUUGUGCUCAGGUCCUUCUUCCAGGCAUCUAGUUGGCUCCUGUGAGAACAGGGUGCUGGUCUGGAGGGGCUUUUGAUUUGCUACAGUAGGGCUCUUCUUAAUAAUAACAAUAAUUUUAUUAUUUAUACCCCGCCCAUGUGGCUGGGUUUCCCCAGCCACUCUAGGCAGCUUCCAACACAUAUGAAAACAUAAUUAUUGUGGUUUGGGGUGGUUAUUAUGAAAUUGCUACUCUUUGCUUUCAUUUUUAUUCUGGGGAAUGUCAUCAUCAAAUUGUUCCCCUGGGCUUUUUCCAUUACUUUUUGGAGCAGGGCUGGUGCCAGACCUCGGAGGUGCCUCAGCACCAUGCCACUUACGGGUGCCUCACCCUCACAGACAAGGCAGAGCUCUUGCCCGCUACCACAUGCAAAGGCAGCAAGGCCCCCUCCCCCAGGCCACCCCGCCUACCAACACCCAUGACAAGAAAAUUGAGAUGGCUGCUGCUGUGCACCAUCCAGUCCUCCUGCUGGGAUGACAGAUCCAGUGCUUUUUUCUGGGGGGACGGACGGAGGGGGACGCAGACCCCUAAACAUUUUGUGAAUCUAAGUUUGGCCUCAUUGAGAGGCAGUAUUUCAAUGUGAGUAGGAAACUGACAGUACCCCUAAACAUUUUUUUUUUUUUUUAGAAAAAAAGCACUUAACCCUGUGCUGUUUAGUUACCCAUCUUGGAUGCUGGAUUCUUCCAGACAGGUGUUUCUUGUGGGAUCAGUAUGUCUCAUGCAUUCAACUUUUUUGCAGCAUCCAUACAAUGCCAUUAUCACCAAAAUGCUAGCUCAUAUUUUUUGCAAUUUAAUCCAGGUUUAAAGGGUAAAGGGACCCCUGACCAUUAGGUCCAGUCGUGGCCAACUCUGGGGUUGCGGCGCUCAUCUCGCUUUACUGGCUGAGGUAGCCGGUGUACAGCUUCCGGGUCAUGUGGCCAGCAUGACUAAGCCUCUGGCAAACCAGAGCAGUGCACGGAAAUGCCAUUUACCUUCCCGCCAGAGUGGUACCUAUUUAUCUACUUGCACUUUGACGUGCUUUCAAACUGCUGGGUUGGCAGGAGCUGGGACUGAGUAACGGGAGCUCACUCCGUAGCGGGGAUUCAAACCGCCAACCUUCUGAUCGGCAAGUCCUAGGCUCUGUGGUUUAAUGUACAGCACCCUUUCGAUUAAAAGUCCAAUGUUUUUUUAAAAAACCUGCUGCCAGGUUAUCCAUUACUGAUAUUUCAAUAAGCCAGUUAACAAUAUUAAGCCCCCAUCUGGAAGCACCCAAAAAAGAGAGAAAGUGUUUUUACUUUGCAACCCAAUGCUAUAACACUGCAUUCACUAAAUUAGAAGGAAACCAGCUGGAAAAAAAUAUGCCACAGAAAUAAUUGAUAAAAUAUGCCUUUGGAUUUAAGCAGCAUAACUGCACAGUAUUGCGUAUCAUCUUCUGGGUGAUGUCUUUGCCUCAUUUGUCAAAACUUUCCCACCAAAAUGAAUGAGGCAAGGAUUUCCCCCUCUGCUGUUUUUUCAAAAACUUUCCACAAUACAAAUCCUACCCCAAUUCACAGAAAAUAAAUACUGUAUUACCUUUUCUUUCCCAGAUUCCUCCUCCAGAUCUGUCAGUCUUUCAUUGGUAAGUAACACCACAGAAUUAAACCAUCUCAGUAGCUUGUUAUCCAAAACUCCUUAUUCUGUGAUGUCUAGCAUGAGGUUAAUGAACCUUGCAUCCUACAUAGGCCUAGGGUUUCAGCUGGUAGUAGCCCACUUGUAAAUCUACACAGUAUGCACGUACAAUGAGACAUCACAUGCACAUACAAGGUUUGCUGUGAGGUUUUCCCAUGCUAUUGAUUUUUAAAUGUGUUUAUCCCAUAUCAGAAGUUCAGAGCUGUUACACCAAGCUGAGAACAGAGUCUUCUUCUUUUUUGGCAAUCACUCUUAGCCAAGUAAGAUUGUCUUCCAUAAACACGGUUUUAACAGUGAGUUCGUAAGUGACUGCGGAGGCCAAUUCUGGAUCCAUACGUCCUUCCACAGUGGGGACAUAGGUUUCUGGGCAGAGAGUUGAUCAUGGUGAGGGUUUGUCAAACAUGCCUUCCUCUUAGCACACUUCUCCCUUUCAUCCUGAGUUUGAGCAUCUUCAAAGUCCAUGACACCUUUGGUAAAGGCUGUUCUCCAAUUGGAGCGCUCGCAGGCCAGUGUUUCCCAUUUAUAGGUGUUUAUACUACAUUUUUAAAGAUUUGCCUUGAGAGAGUCUUUAAACCUCUUUUGUUGACCUCUUUAAACCUCUUUUGUUGACCACCAGCAUUACGCUUUCCAUUUUUAAGUUUGGAAUAGAGUAGCUGCUUUAGAAGACGAUAAUUAGGCAUCCGAACAACAUGACCAGUCCAACAAAGUUGGUAUCGAAGUAUCAUUGCUUUGACACUGGUGAUCUUUGCUUCUUCCAGUACACUGGCAUUAGUUCGCCUGUCUUCCCAAGUGAUGUGUAAAAAUUUUCACAGACACCAUUGAUUAACAGGGAGAGGACAGUAUUCUCCCUUGCUCUCCAUUUAAUUGUUGCAAUAGAACAGGCACUCAUCUAAAGACUUUAUGAGAACGCUGUUAUAUUGAAUAAAAAUAAGGCACAUAGGAUUUCUCAUGCUACUUCGAUCUCCCACCUUGUCUUUUGUGGUGGUGGUAAACUGUGGGAUACAGAGACACCCAGUGACCAAAUGCUGUACUGCAAUUAACAAACACCCCCUCAUUGUACAGGUAUGCAGGGCCCAUGGAGCGGGCAGAAGCAGAACAGACCCUUGCCAGUCGUUCAGAUGGGACUUUCCUGGUGCGGCAGAGAAUCAAGGAUGCAACUGAAUUUGCCAUCAGCAUCAAGUAAUGUUAUUGCUCCCCACACUAGAAAAUCAGGGUAGAGAAGGAGAUUUGUAUGUGCAGUACAGUGGUACCUCGGUUUUCAAAUGUGUCCGUUGACAAACAUUUUGGAACUCGAAUGCUGUAAACCCGGAAGUAAAUGCUUCGGUUUUCGAACACGCCUCAGAAGUCGAACCGGAAACACGGCUUCCGUAUUGAGGCUUCCAUUUUGAGUUUUCGGUUUUCAAACGUUUCAGAAUUCAAACUGUCUUCCAGAACGGAUUAUGUUCAAAAACCGAGGUACUGCUGUAUAAUAAAAGGAAAGGAAGGAAGAAAACCUUGAAGCUGGCAAAGUUUUAAAAAAAUCAUACCUUUUUAAAAAUAAUGCACCUCCACACUAGAAUCCAUUGAUUCAGGUUUCUUUGGAAGUUGAUGCUUAUAACUUCUUCAUCAUCAUUUUUUUAUUUGUACCCCUCCCACCUGACUGGGUUGCCCCAGCCACUCUAGGCAGCUUCCAGCAUAUAUAAAAACAUAAUAAAAUAUUAAACAUUUAAAAGCUUACCUAUACAGGCCUGCUGUCAGAUGUCUUGUAAAAGUUGUAUAGUACCUUAUCUGCUUGACAUCUGAUGGGAGGGUGUUCCACAGGGCGGGCGCCACUACUGGGAAGGCCCUCUGCCUGGUUCCCUGUAACUUCAUUUCUCACAGUGAGGGAACUGCCAGAAGGCCCUUGGAGCUGGACCUCAGUGUCUGAGCUAAAUGACAGCAGCGGAGAUGCUCCUUCAGGUAGACAGGGCUGAGGCAAGUACUCUUUGGUGAGAGAGACCCAGCAGAGAUUUAAAUACAGCAUGGAAAUAUAGGGUGCUAAGACCUUUCAAAUGCCCCCUUCUAAGUUGCUUCCAAAGUUUCCCACUUCCCUUAGCACAGAAAGAGAUCACCAGUUCAGUAAGGUAAAGAGAGUUUACUUACAAACUCUUCAGAGGUCAGAUUCAUGUGCUCUUCCACACAGCAGCGAGAAAAUACAGGCGGUACAACUUAGUUUCAAAAUCGGUAAGAGUUUCUAAAUUAUUUGUAUAGAGAGACAAAAAUGGCUUUCUAAAGCCACACAGUCUAAGUUGGAUGCUCUAGCUUAGACAUUCUUAUAUGGUGGAAGGAAAAAGAAGGAAGAGUUUGGUAGCCCUUCCUCUCAGGUAAGGCCUGUGACCUAGCUGAGCCUGGCAGGACAGCUUAUUCUAUGAUCCUAACCCCUUCAAGCAUUAAUUCGAUUUAAGCAUGUUGGUUAUACAAGGCUGAUUUAUCCCAAAUUAUUGUGUCAAUUUUUGUCCCAGCCUCUCAUUAAGAAGGAUUCUACAGCACACCAACAGCUGUAAAUAUAUACGUACCAGUUCCUUGGUUUCUUCUUCACAGUUGAAGCACUGCCUUAUUUCAAAUGCCUAAACAAACAAACCCCUGUGUUGCAAAAUAUGAGUCAGCAACACAAUGGCCAGAAACAAUAACAAUGUGAAAAACUUUAUAGAAUAAUUCAAAACAUCAAAACUAAUGAAUGAAAGUCUCUGAAAGUCCUUAAAUGAAUCACGGUGCCAGACUUUACCCGGUGGAGAGCAAGCUGUGAAGUGACUACAUAAUCGCAUGAGCACUUUUCCAGAGUAUUUUUCAUUAUAUCUAUUUGAAAAAAAGUUGGUUGAUGAAGAAAUUACAUAUCUUUUCUACUUACAAGUGUUGAACUAAUUGGCUGAUGAAGAAUUCAACGAAACAGUAGUUGUUAUCCGGAAACACUAUUCAGCAGAGUUCAGAGUUGAACAUCAGAAUUGGACAUUUGCUGAUUAUUUCAAAUGCCAGCAUUAAUUUUGACUUUGAAUGAGGCAGACACCUUAGUUCUAUCUCUUAGCUUAGAGCUCCUCUAAAUGAGGUUACGUGACCUGUUGUUGCCAAUUGUCAACAAUGCUGUGCAGAAAUGGGAAACCAUUAACCCAACUGUCAUGUGGCUUUGUGUCCCUCAGGUUCAACGCUGAAGUCAAGCACAUCAAAAUACAGACCAAGGAGGGUUUGUAUCGCAUCACAGAGAAGAAAGCCUUCAAAGGACUUAUAGUAAGAAUCGGUUUUCCCUACUGUCUUCACGGUAACUGUUACAACUGAGGAGAAGAAUGGGGGUCAGGGGAACAAAAUGAGAGGAAGUUGGGAGGGAGAGUGAAGGCAAACAUAUUUUUAUUUCAGUUUCAGGAUAGGCAGAAGUGAGAUCUUUGGCAAGCACCAUCAGAAUAGUGAUGAUGGCAAAAGGCCAAACCAGGCAAUGCAUAGGAUGGUAAUUAAGAAGGUGCAUGAAUAGUCUCUCUACAGUUGGGGCUGUUUCGUUUAAGUGAAAAGCAAUCACCCAAGCUGUGAUCAGAAGCAAAAGAGCACAAUGCAGAGGAGCUGCUUAACUCUUCCCUUUAGGGCACAUCGCCGCAUCCCUUUCCCAAGGAAAACUCAUGGUUUAGCACUGAAUUGGAACAAGUGGCAACUGGGUUUCCUGCAGAUUGCUUUUUGUUCCAAUUCAGCGCCAAAGAGUGGGUUUCCUGGGGAAAGCAGUGGGACAAAGGCAAAAUCCCUCAGACCCAUGCCUAGAAAGCACAAGACAAGCGAGAAACGUCUUAGGCCCUUAGGGCUCAUCCACACUUGCCAAAAUUUCCUCUACCCUUUCCAGGCACAGUUAGCUCUUUAAAGCUCUAACAGCUUCGGCCCUAUAUUCCUGAAGGGGCGUCUCCAUCCCCUUCAUUCAGCCCAGACACUAAGGUUUAGCUCCAAGGGCCUUCUGGCAGUUCCCUCAUUACGAGAAGUGAGGUUACAAGGAGACAGAAGCAGAGAGCCUUCUUGGCAGUGGCACCUGCUGUAUUUUUGUAUAUUCUGUUGGAAGCUGCCCAAAGUGACUGGGGUAAUCCAGUCAGAUGGGCAGGAUACAAAAAUGUUGAUGUUGUUGUUGUAAGUGUCCGAGCGCCCUUUUUAUUUUUUUUGCUCUGGAGCUUUCCCCAUGAAAACCCACUCUUUAAAGCUCAAUUGGAGCAAAUGGCAAUCCAUGGGAAACCCAGAUUGACAUUUGCUCCAACUGAGUGCGAAAAGACAGGUUUUCAUGGGACGGCUCGGGGGGGGGGGCGGAAUCCACUCAUGCAGGAGCUUUUCUAUGCCUGGAAAGAGUGGGGCAAAAGGUAAAUGUGAAUAAGCUAUUAGUCUGCUUAAUAUCAGCUUCCCCAAGAUAAGUUUUCUAGAAAGAGCAAGAUAGGGUGAGAAAAUAUGGGGUGACUACAAUGUAUCAUCUAGUGAGUGGACAAAUGAAAGGAACAUGUUAAAUAUCCCCACCUCUGCUGUCCCUGCACUCAAAAUGGCAGCCACCAGACGGCUGAGAGGCUGUUCGUACAUCUUCUAUGUAAUCUAUAGUUGAGCCCUGGGAAUCAGUUUGUGGCAUGUCUCGCAUGUUACACAGAAGCCAAAGAACCAAUUCUGAAAAGGGGAAUUAGAGUUUGGGGUUCAAAGAAACAGCUGAGAUGUAUUUCAGUUGUAUUCCUUUUUUCCCUAAUAUUGUUCUGAUAUGUGCCUUGCACGUCAUGUCUUUCUUUCUCAAGUGAAUGGUUUAGAUAUGCCUUACCAGCUACACAUGCUGCCUUUCCUCCUCUCCGGGGCAUAUUGUGCAAGCUUUAGGAUGUUGCCUGUAUCAAGAAACUCUUCUUUCUCUCUCUAGGAGCUGGUGCAGUUUUACCAAGAGAACUCCCUGAAGGAUUGCUUCAAGACCCUCGAUACCGUGCUACAGUUCUCCUUCAAAGAGCCUGGGAACAGAACAGUGCCCGGAGCCUCUGGUGUGUGUGAUCUGAGUCUAUCUCUACAGUUUCAAGACUUGGGGGAAGUUGGGGACAAUAAAAAGCAAGAUAUAGGAUGCGGGUGGCGCUGUGGGUUAAACCACAGAGCCUAGGACUUGCUGAUCGGAAGGUCGGCGGUUCGAAUCCCCACGAUGGGGUGAGCUCCCAUUGCUUGGUCCCUGCUCCUGCCAACCUAGCAGUUCGAAAGCACCUCAAAGUGCAAGUAGAUAGAUAGGUACUGCUCCGGCGGAAAGGUAAACAGCGCUUGCGUGCGCUGCUCUGGUUCGCCAGAAGCGGCUUAGUCAUGCUGGCCACAUGACCCGGAAGAACUGUCUGCAGACAAAGGCCGGCUCCCUCGGCCAGUAAAGCGAGAUGAGCGCUGCAACCCCAGAGUCGUCUGUGACUGGACCUAAUGGUCUGGGGUCCCUUUACCCUUUACCUUUAUAGGAAAGCAAUGGAGGCUUGCUGUGCUUCUCUGGGGUUAUUCUGUGGCAAGAGACCCAGAGGUACAAGGUCUUCCAGACAGAGAAUGCAAUCAGAGCUGUCCAUGAGUGCAAGUUUUUUGCACCAUGUACACAACACCAUUAUGUGCCCCCCCACUUUUACAUUUAAUCUGGAUUUCUGGUUGCAGUGACACUCUAUUAUUGUUAUUAACCUGCCCUUCCACCCAAAGAUCCCAGUGGAUUACAAUAUUAAAACACAGCUUGUUAACACAAUGGGGGGGGGGGGGUUGUCACAUUUAAUAUGGCUUUCAAUGAAUGGUCUUGCCACAUCCGUGCUCCAUUUCCUCCUCAACAGAGCAUGACCCGGCCACUGUUUUUGGCAGCCCAAACUACAGUGGUACCUUGGUUCUCCAACUUAAUCCAUUCCGGAAGUCGGUUCCAAAACCAAAGCGUUCUAAAACCAAGGCACGCUUUCCCAUAGAAAGUAAUGCAAAACGGAUUACUCCAUUCCAGACUUUUGAAAAACAACCCCUAAAACAUCAAUUUAACAUGAUUUUUACUAUCUAACGAGACCAUUGAUCCAUAAAAUAAAAGCAAUAAUCAAUUUACUGUACAAUAAAAUAAAUAAGACAGUAUUGUAGAUGAUUAAAAAAAAUAAAAAAUUCUUACCUGCACUGUUGAUAGUCAUUGUUUGGAUGGGAGGCUUUUAUCCAUUUCCACAGUGGCACAAUCAAUCAAUAAGUAACUGAACUGGGUUCCACACAGUCACACAAAAAAAUUAACCGAAAAAACCUCAAAAACAGAAAUGCAAAAUAAAUAGCAAAAACAAAAGCACCAAACUUCACCCAUUCCGGAAGUCUGCUUGACUUCUGAAAUGUUCGAAAAGCAAGGCACAGCUUCUGAUUGGUGCAGGCGCCCUGGAAACAAUAGCCGACAGCCGCAUCGGACGUUCGGCUUCCAAAAAGCGUUCGAAAACCACAACACUUACUUCCGGGUUUUCGCCGUUUGGGAACCAAGGCGUUUGAGUACCAAGGCGUUUGAGAGCCAAGGUACCACUGUACACAAAUGUGUCUUGUCUCCAGUUGCCAGAUGCAGAAGUGACAUCAGAAUUUCAACAAUCUGGUUCAGAGGAGCUAUUCUCUUAACACGUUUUCAACACAAGGUCCAAACUCCAUGGUCCAACCUGUGUCAACUAGCGUGUGAUGAACAAUCGAUUACUAUUCUUUAAUAGACUAGGCAAUUUCCUACCUUCCUUCAGUGGUUGCCUGGCUUUCUCUGUGUUUAAAUCCACCUGUCCGUCUAUUGCAUCUAAUGGAGAUGGAGGCUGAAGAGCAGACAUAACAUUGAGGUCAGCUACGUGUGGCCUAUGCAAAAUACAAAGACUGGAUCAUAUAACUUGUAUUAUUUUGCAUACAGUAGUAGUGCACUGUAGAUCAGGCCUUCUCGAUCCUCUUUGGCUAACAUGCACCUAAGGAAGCUCUACAUCUGUCACUCUUACCUGGCCAGAGCACAAAAGGGAAAUCUUCCAGACCUCUCUGAAUUCUGCAGAGAGAAAGGGUUGGAGCAUGCAGACUAUUAAGGCCUGGAAUUGAUAGUGUCAUGCCUGUUCAUAUCCUUUAGGCCAGAGCUUUCCAAACUGUGUGUCGUGACAUGUUAGUGUGUCGGCUGCAGCGUGUGUCUCGCGCAAAUGCUCCCCGCGCUCUUCCCGGGGCUGGAAAGGGGUUAGUUUAACCCCCAGUUUGCUAGUAAAACUGAAUUGCUGUGUCGCGAAAUGAUGCUUGUCUAAAAAAUAUGUCACCCACAUGGAAAGUUUGGAAAGCUCUGCUGUGUGCAUUUGUUGAUCACAAUCACUUUUAACUUCUACAUCAUGCUCACUGCCUUCCAAGUGGUGUGCAGUUUCCGGGAUGUGAUAAGCACCCCCUUAUUGUUUCCAUGCCUAACUCUUUAUUAUUCCUUGACAGGCAAAAGCUGCAAGUACUUUGGUUCAGCUAAGGCUCGCUACAAUUUCUGUGCAAGAGACCGGACGGAACUGUCCCUCACAGAGGGAGACAUCAUAAAGAUUCUCAACAAGAAAGGGCAGCCAGGAUGGUGGAAGGGAGAGGUCUAUGGCCGGGUGAGCACCUUUAUAGCCAUACCACUCUGAGCUGCUUGCCUUGGAGAAUGUGAUACCUUAGGAACAAACUGAGACCGAUAUACACCCCUCACCUCUGAAGUGAAUGAAUUUUGGAGCCAAAAGAAAUAUUGGGGACCUGUCAGGACUUUUUGCACUAUUCCAAUAGCACUAAUGCAACUGUAUAGAGCAUAGCUGUCAACGUUUUCCUUUUUUUAAGGGAAAUUCCCUUAUUCCAAAUAGGAUUCCUCGCAAGAAAAGGGAAAAGUUGACAGCUGUGGUGUAGAGGUGGCUGCCUUCAGCCACACACACAAACACAAACACACUUUGGCCAUUUUUAAGCAAAGCAAUGUGCAGCUAGCUACACGGGCUAUUUGUCAGCUGGGAGCUGAUGUGUGUGCCCCAGCUGAAUUGGGACCAGGACUGGGUUCAUCUCUGGAGCAAGGGUUACAGAAGGGUCAAAAUGGAGGCAGAGUCUGGGUCUGGAACAAGGUAAUCCAUCCAACAAGCACUAGACAGAACAACAUCCAGGGCCAGGAGCAGCUGAAGUUGCAGGCAGGGAGAUGGUUCAAACACAGCAACAACUACAAGGGACAACUAAAGCCAGAGCAGGGGCACAAGCUCCUGGGGGUUGAGCCCUUUUUGCCCCGAGAGCAGCUCAUCCUGCUCCCCCCAGUGCGUGCAGCACCCCAGGCACCCAUGCGGCUAGCUACGUCACUGGGAUCAUCCACGAAGUCAGCAGUAGGAACUGGGAAGUGGGGAGCACAGACUGGGAACCAUAGACCUGCUCAAAGCCAGAAACAAAGGUGCAGGUCUGAUGUAGAUAUGGUCAUGGCCAAGCUGGGUCCAGAUAAUUCAAUAAAUUAUUUAGGGAAGUGUAGCUGUGGUGGACUCAACAGAACAAUUCUGCUCCUUAUUCCUCUUUUCUGUAUCCAUCCCUGCAUGGUUCACCAGGGCACCAAUACAGAAACUAGGAAGCUGCCAGUUCAAGUACCAAGUUGAUUCCAGCACUGAUUGAAUGUAUAUUAACUAGGCUGCUGAUGUCUACUGGGAGAGCUUUGAGAGCCCGAGGUAUGAUAGGAGGAAGAGACCUCUUAUCUAUCUGUAGUUCUCUUCCCCCAUCUCCCACAUAAAUACAUCCUUGCCACAUCACCAGGAAACAAUAAUUACAUAGUUCCCCAGAACAUGUUGAACGGAGAAAGAUGGCAGAACACUAGCCUACAUUGCUGUCAGUCCAUGAAAUGAUGUCACAGUUGCUGUUGGGGUAGCUGCUAAAAAUGAAAUGCCUUCAAUGAGGUUACACUGUGUAUGUCAACUCAAAGCUGCUGAGGCUAGAACCUCAUUUGAAUGGUUAAUCCCUAGCAUCUACCAGUAGCUGAGAGUUUGCUAGACUGGACUUGCACCAACAUCAGAAAAAAAUAUUGUUGGCAUCUAAAGUCUGUGGCUCUCGCCCUGGGAACAUUCUCAUUGCCUGAUAGGGCUCUCCAAUCAUUCCUUAUAUUGAUGUGCUUUCUCUACAGGUUGGCUGGUUCCCUGCAAACUAUGUGGAGGAAGAUUAUUCAGAGUAUUGCUGAUGGCACACCCAGUUGGGUGCAUUGAAGGAUUCUUUUGCAGCACAUCCUGGGACAACCACAGAAUCAUUUUCCUGUAACCACUGCUGUGCAAAAACUAUUAUUUAUGAACUCUCUUUAAUUCCCCUCACAUUGGUUUCUGACCUUCACUUUGUGUUCUUAAUGUCAAAUAAACUGGGUGAGAACCUGGUUGUAACUACCAAAGAGCAAACCUCAUCAUCAAAAUCAUGUGUGAAAAAAUAAAACUACAGCAUGAAAAGCU